CGGUAACGUCGACGGGCACCUCCGUUUUUAACGGAGGCGGUGUGUCAGUCCAUGGCUGCACGUCGACCAGAUACCUACACCUUGAUAUUGCUGCAUAAUGUCUGAAGCCGAGGAUGCCUCGGGCAAAGGCAGUAACCUGACAGCGAUCGAAGCAAUCUCGGCGAGGCUGGCGGAAGUAACGCGACUCGCCGAGAAGCUGGACGCGAGACUUUGCGAGGCUGGAGCCAGGACUCGACCAGUUCCGAUGUCGUCCGCGAUGUCCUCCACUUCGUCUCUCUUCUCGUCGUCGAACGCACCAGUCACCACGUCCACGUCCGUUCCUAGCCAAGUUCAAACGAUUUCUACCGGAAUCUCUGGAUCCAUUGCUGUUACUACCUCGUCAAUUGGAAUUACUACACCUUUGAUCAGUUCCUCGGUGUCUACGGUGCAACUGCAACCUAAAUGCGUGUCCACGAUCUUGUCUUCGGCGACGAAUAACGAAAGUGUUGGUCCUUCGAAGGAAAAGAUGUCUGGCUUGGUGUCUUCGAUACCACAAUCGGCGAAUGGAACGGUUUGCACGGGUACUGUUAAUGGUAAGGCUGGUUCUACUACGCUGGAGAAUGGUAAGACGGAGGAAAAAGUUGCUGAGAAAGAAGACGGAGCAGGGGAAGAAAGUAAGGACGUGGGUUUGGACCGAGCGAAUGACGCGAAGAUGGAAGAAGUCGCGGAGGACGUAAUUGAGAAGUCAUUCGACGAUAGUCAAGCCGAUGAUUCGAACAUAGAGGACUACGUGACCGCCACCGAACGUUCAAUUACUCCGACAGUUCGUUCCAGAAGCGAAUCCUUCGUUACUUCUCCAGAAUGCGAAGACCUUGCUGCUCCAGCAACCAUAACGUCUAAUAACGAUAAUUGGUGGAACAUCGAGGAACCUAAAUUUAUCCCCACCACUGUAGCGGCGUCUUCUCCUGUGUUUAAACAAAUGGAAGCUUCGAAAGAGCCGAAAAUAGAAAGAAACGUCGUCGUAUCGGUGGAUACUCCGCAAUCGGAAGCUACUGAGACGAACAAAGAAAAACAGAUUGAGAAAGUCGUGACAAUGGAAAAGAAAGUCGAAGAGAAAUCCGGCAAGAUCGUAAAAGAAGUUACAGAAACAACGACUUUACGUGUGUCUCACGACACUCGUUUAGGUAUCGCGUCUUACAAAGUGAUAUCCAACACCACGCAAGAUCAUCGAGAAAACGUUGAUGUUAAGGAAAUCAAGGAUCUCGAACGAAUCGUGUUUCCGGAUGUUCAGACGAAUGGAUUACACCACGAGACAGGUUCCGGUUGCAAAUCGGAUUCGUACACUCGUAGAGACGAACUGUCAACGAAAACGGACGACGCCGAACGCGUGAUCAAAUUCGCAAAGAUUUGCGAGAUCAAUCAAGAAUCACGCGUAAUCCCUGCGGACACAUCGAAGGAUAUUUCGUUGUCCCUGAAGGAAUAUACGCGACAUCGCGAGGAUAGUGGAAUUGAGAUGUCACCGACGAAGAAGGACGAGAAUCUCGAAGGGCAAGAUUUCCUCGAAAGAGCGAGGAAGAGAAGAGUUACGAGAAUGGUAGACGGACACGACUCGAUGGAAACGACGGAGAAUAGCGAGGUACCUCGUGAGAAGGAAUCACGAACGAUGGUGGAGAGCAACGAGGAUACACCGCAACAAACCACCAGUCCGACGACCACCAUAAGCACCAUAGCUGUGCAGAGCGGUGAAACGCGUCUGGUGAUCGCUCUACUUCAAAGCGGAGAAUGGCUGAGAUUAAAAGUUCUGGAGGUUCAACCAGAACUAACGAAGCUCGGUGCCACGGUGGAGGAGGCUACCGAGCUUUCGAAUGCACACGACGAAGUUUUGCUUCGAUUACAGAGCAAACAGAGCCCGGUAGAGGAAUUGCUCCGGCAGGCUGAUCAAUUGAUCUCGAACCAAAGGCCAAGAGCGGAAGUGUACGCCGCGAUGGCGGAAACGUUGGGUCAAGCUUGGCGCGACGUGAACGAGCUUUUAGAACGUCGAAAACAGAUCCUCGAUUCCAACGUGUUGUUUCAAUGUCGAGCGGAGGAAUGUCGAGAAAGUAUGAAAGCUCUUGAGAUGGCAUGCAACGACACGUUGCUGCCGAUCGAGAUCGAGGCGGUAAAGAAUUUCUUGUCGAAAAUCCAUGAUCUUCGAAAGAACAUGCUCGAGGCGUUGAUGGGCGCGCUGCAAGAGGGAAAGAGUCUACUGGAUCGGCUAAAGGAGAUCGCGAACGAAGGCUCCUUGGACUCCAGACCGGAUAGAAUUAAGCUGGAAGCUGAUCACGCGGUGCUGAAAGUCGAGAAAUGGUUGGAAGAGCUUCAUGACAGGAGACGGCUGAUCGAAGCGUCGUUUCGUAGCAGAAAGACACAAUUGGAGCAAUGCCUGGCUUUAGCUCUGUUAGCGACCGAUCUACGUGAUCUCGAAGAGAUCUUAAACGACAGAAUCGCUGCUUUGUCGAGCAGCUGCGAUCAGCUGGGAGAUUCCGCAUCGAGCGCGGAAUUGCUCCUGUUCGAACUGAAAAAAUUACAAGCUGAGGCUAAGGAAUUUCAAGACAGAUCGAUCAAAAUAACGAAGUCAACCGAACGAUUAGUGUCAUCGGGACACUUUGCCGGUGAACAGGCGACAGAACAAGCUUACGCGAUCCUUGGCGCCGCGGCUGAUUAUGUCAACGAUUUGGAUCAGUACGAGGCGUUGUUGAAUAAAGCGGUGGCCUUCUUCGAUUCGGCGAGAUCGGCAAUUACAAAGUUAGAUCAGUUGGAAAUUCAGCUGGUGACGACGGAGCAUCCCCCAUAUUCGACGAAAUUAGCUCGUUUCCAUGCUCAGACCGUCGCCACCAUCGAAGACGUCACUGCGAAACCUUUGACGGAAGGAUACGCCCUUCUAGAUGUCACAGGAAGAGGAGCGCCAGGAGCUGAGGGUGUGAAACGAGUGGUGGGGGAACUGGAAAAUCGGAAGAUCCGUUUGAUGGAACGGUGCACAGCUCACGAGAAGGAGAACCUCGAGAUAUCGAGGAUCAUAAAUACGUUCUUAGACAAGCACGACGAACUGAGAAAGUGGUUAAUGAGCAUACCCGAAGCGUUUCUUCAGGGUCACCAAGACAUGGGCAGCGACGUCCCAAUGGCGGAGGAUUUCUGUCGACUGCAUCGUCAGCUGUUGAACGAUCUCGAACGAAGGACCGACGAUGUGGAGCAUUUAGAGUUCGAAAUUUUACCAAUUCGAGAACGAUUGGAAGAAACGCAGAAAUUAGAACUACAGUCGAAAGUGGAGGAGUUAAGAAAUUCUUGGUCAAAGACGAAAGAGCUGGUAGCGAGUAGAAUCGACCUGGGAUCGCUUUAUUUGCAAUUCCAUAUGGCGGUUGAGGAACUAACGAGGGAAAUUGAGUCGAUCGAGAGUGAAUUGAAGAGACAAACCGAUGUUUUGGACGAGAGGAAGAUCGAACAGCUUGGAAGACGUUGGAAAGAUCUUCAGCCGCUUUAUGUGAACCUCACUAACACUGGCAAAGCGUUUCUGGACGCUGCUAUUAAGAUCGAUGACCCUUAUCUAGAUGUACCGAGAGCCUGCAUAUGCGUGCAGACUCUCUUAGAGAGAUUUGCUAACAGACAGAUGACUAUAACAGAAUCGUGGGAGAAAUGGAGGACGACGAUCGAGAUUUUGAGGAAGAAGCGAGUGGAGCAUCAACGAAGAAUCGAAGAGAGCACAAGAACGAUGGAAUGGGUUUCCAAAUUCAGCGAACAAUUAUAUCCAGUGAUAACAUCUCAAUCUCCUAAAACAGCAAGCAUUCUUCAAGACUUAAGUGGAUCCAAACAUCGUAUUCUUCCCGAGUUGAAUAAAGCUGUCAACGAAUUGGAUGCUAGAAUCAAUGGAAUUAAUACUCUAGCUCAGAAAGGCGAAGUAGAGAUCGACGACGAGAUCCUGAAGAGACUUCGUCAGAUGCACGAGAAUCUUCACGCCACUGCCAGAGAUUACGAAACUCUUCUGGAGUCAUUGAUUUCCAUCUUCCAGAAUAUCGAUGAGGUCGAGCAUAAGAUCGAACAGUUAAGGGCUCAUGCACAACGUAUAGCGUCCUUGAAAAAAUUGUCCGAAGUGGAAGCACUGUUCAACGAGCUCGACGCGAUGAAAUGGACAAUUUCUGACAGACAAAAUCAGAUUAGAUCGAAGGCUCAAGACGUAAUCGCUAGAAUUAAGCAACAGGAACCGCCCGAGGCUGGUGUUCAGGACAUUGAGAAAUUGAAGCGUGCUAUAGAUUCGUUGUCGACAAACCUUGAACUAUUUUGGUCUCAGACGAUUACUAAAAUUGAAGAAUAUCGACGAACGUGUACUUUCUCCGAGGAUUUGGAGAGAAUUGAAACAGAAUUACAGGACUUGAAUGAACAUUUGAAGAAAGUUGACGCGAAGAUUGGUGAGAACCUUCAGACAGCUAAAGCUACUGCUACCUCGUUCGUACAAUUCGAAAAGACUGUCACGAUUUUGGAAGAAAGAAUCGAGACGUUCGUGAAGACGACCGAAGAAUCGAUUAAUACUUUAACGCCUCAAACCGUCAACGAUAUUUCUUUCUUGCGCGAGAGAUGGAGAAACUUGAAGAGGAAAAUCGAAGAAACAAAGAAGCGAAUGAAUUUGAGCAUAGAGUAUUUCACGCUCUUGGAGGAAGCCAAAGAAUGGAAUAGAGAGGGUAGCAAAUUGUUGGUUGUGAUAGCGAGGAAAGCAACCGCGGUGAAGACUCCGAAAGACGCCAUGGAUUUGCUUCAAGAAAUAGAUCGUUACUUGAAACCAGGCGAAGAAAUUCAAGAAAGGAGAAUCGAGAAGCUGAAGGAACUGUCGACAAUAGUGUUCGGUACAGACAGAUUACCACAAUUCAACGAAGUGAUCGUGGAAAAUCGUCAAAUGUUAGACUCCUUCGCCGUCGUCUCGUCCGAAUUCCGAACGUUGGCUCAAAAUUUGAAAAACGCGGAAGAUCUGCAAGAGAAAUUAAGGAUCGAGAAGCAGGAAGCAGACAGAAGGUUACAAGCCGCGAAAGUGGAAAUGGCUGCCGCAGAAGCAGCCAGAGAGGAAGCGGAGAAGGCGAGGAGAAUCGCGGAAAAAUUAGCAGCCGAGACAUUGGAGAAAGCAACGAUAGAAGCAAAGAAACUGAAAGAGGAAAAGACGUUUGAAAAAGUUUCUGCUCCUCCGUCGUUUUCGGUGUCGGCGCAAACCGAGAAGAUCGAUAGCACGGACAAAAGUUUCGUCAAAGAAAUGGUCACUUCCGCAACUAUCACUAAAGAAAUACAUAUUUUGCAAAAGACGGAAAUUGAGAAAACGUCUCAACGCGAACCAAGUCCACAGAAGAACGUUGUCAGCGAGGAAAUACGCGAGAAAUCAGUAGAAAGACUGCUCAAAGAGAACGUUCCUCCAUUGGCUCCAGAAUUUACCGUUCCUCUACAUGAUGCCACCGUACAAGAAGGAGAAAAAUUCACUUUCCAGUGCAACCUCGUUGGUCAACCAACACCGGAAGUGGUUUGGUACAAGGAUGGAAUCUCGAUUUUGAAUAACCCUGAUUAUUUGACAACCUAUGUUCAAGGUAUUUGCACUUUGACGAUCGAAGAAACCUUCGCCGAAGAUUCUGCAAAAUACACUUGCAGAGCUUUUAAUAUCGCCGGGUCAGCGGAAACGUCUGCAACGUUGACUGUUAAAGAAACAGCACCGGAAGAGCAACCGAGUCCACCGGUUUUCGUGAAAGAAUUAGUGGCAUCCGUGGCUGUGGAAGGAUCUUCUCAUCGGAUGGAGUGCAUCGUCGAAGGUAAUCCUCUGCCAACUGUACAAUGGUUCAAGAACGACGUGAACAUCGAUAAUUCUCCCGAUUACAUCAUCACUUACAAUAACGGUGAGGCUGUUUUAAAAUUCGAAGAAGUCUUCUUAGAGGAUAAGGCUACUUAUACUUGCAAAGCCGCAAAUCGAUUGGGUCAAGCCUCCACUUCCGCUUUUCUCGAUAUACAACCUGUGGAAUUUACUUCGGAAAAACCAUAUUUUGUUACUCCGUUAUCAAAUGCCAUGGGAAGAGCAGGUCAAAGGGUGAAGCUCGAAUGCGAAGCAAAAGGAAAUCCAACGCCUACUUUGACUUGGUACCACGAUGGAAGACCGGUCGAAGAAACCAUGAAUUUAAAGAUACAAACGGACGCCGGGCGAACCAGCCUGAUCAUCUCGGAGGCGUUUGCAAAGGAUGCCGGAUGUUACACGGUCGCCGCUAAGAACAACGCCGGUGAGGCCACGGUGUCUUGCAACGUUUCGGUGAAAGGACGACUUCCUCACGAAACCAGCGAUUCUGACUUCGCUUGCAGCGAUAUGGAGCCCGUGGUCCCCAAGAUUCAGAUGCCAUUGAAGGAUCUGAAGGUUCAGGAGGGCUUGUCCGUUCGACUAGACUGCGUGAUCGUUGGCCAACCUGAACCGGAAGUGAGUGUGAUUUGGUAUCACGAUGAUCAACCUGUAAAGGAGUCGGCCGAUUUCCAGCUGUUGUUCCAGGGUGACAAAUGUUCCUUGGUCAUUCACGAAGCUUUCUUGGAUGAUGCCGGUGUGUACAAAGUAGUCGCCAUUAAUUCUGGCGGUGAAGCGUCUAGUCAGUGCACAUUAACAGUGACACCGGUGACCGUUUCGAAAAAAUUGGACAAGACACGAACAGAAGUGGAAGAAACAUUGGUCGCGGGUUCACCUCCAAAAUUCGUGAAACUUCCGACAGAUUCUCUGGUGGCGGAAGGCGAGACCGCGACUUUUGAGUGUGCGGUAGUUGGAGAACCGAAACCAGAACUCAGAUGGUUCUCUGACAGUGGCGAGAUCACCGAGAACGAACGUAUCCUGAUCCAGCGGAGGCAAGAUGGAACGAGUAUUCUGAAGAUUUCUUCGACGAUCCCCGAGGAUAAAGGAAAUUACGUAGUCAAAGCGUUUAACGCUCACGGAGAGGCGAAAGCUUUCGCACGUUUGGUUGUGAGAUCGUUGGGUGACUUUAGGAGAAAGGAAGAAUUCGUGCAAAUGGAAGAGAAAUUGAUCGCUCCUACGUUUAAAGAGAAGUUUGAAGACAGAAGAGUGUCAGAGGGCGUUUCUACGAAAUUCGAGUGUAUCGUAGUUGGGAAACCGGCUCCGAAAAUUCAAUGGCUAUUUAACGAUCGUCCUGUUCAUGGCAAGGACUUCUUGGUGUCGGUCAGCGGUGAUCGACAGGUGUUGACGAUUCCAGAGACCGGAAGCACGCAUGUUGGUACGAUUUCCUGCGUGGCGGAGAACGCUGCUGGCAAGGCGAUUUGCAGCGCUCGUCUAGAUAUUGGUGGCUGGAUAGGGGAAGAAGCGAAGAAGACUGAGGGGGCGGUUGCAGAGAAAAGAAUACUCGAACUAGUCGAAAGAUUGCCCGCCGACGAAAUGCAUGCAGCAAGCAGCAGCGACAAACACUUCUCUUCGGAGAAGUCCGAGGGUGGAAGCGAGAGUCAAGUAUUGACCAAGAUGUCACAAACGAUCACGGAAUCUUCCACCACACACACGACCACGAAGAAAGAGUACAUCUCAUCGACGACGUCCUCGACCUUGACAAAAUCUGGACAGGAACCCAGCAGCGUUAGCGUGAAGACUACCAUUCAUAGUACGGAACAGUCGUCCUCGGAGAAUGGGGCACCUCCUGUUGUGCAGUGCUACAAAGUAGAAGAACACGAAAAGAUUAUUCAAGACCAGCCAGGCGAGAUUCGUCAAGAGAAAACCGUAGUGGUUUCCCAAGACGAGGAAGGAAUCAAACGAGACGUCAAAUCUGCACAAAUGUCGAAGCCAAGCAGAAAAUGUACAGCUCCGAGAUUCGUUUCACCAAUCACGGGGAUGAUCGUGGAUCAGGGUACUGAUAUUAUCCUCGAAGGAAUCAUCGAUGGGUUCCCCCAGCCAUUUAUCAGCUGGUCGAAGAACGGACAGGAAUUGAAAACGAAGGACGGAAUGACGAUCACGUACGCGCAUAAUCACGUUCGUUUGGAACUGAAGAACGUAAAUGUUAAGGACGCGGGACGAUACACUUGCACGGCGAGCAACGAAGUCGGUUCUGCUAGUAGCACUGCCGAUCUUGUUGUGAAAAAAACAAUAUUCCCACCGGUGUUUGGCAGAAGAUUGCAAGCUCAGGUUGUGAAACGCGGAGACCGUGUGAAUAUGGAGGUAGAAGUCACGGGAACACCAGAACCUACAGUUACUUGGUUCAAGGACGAUGUUCCUAUCAAAGAACGUCCACCGCAAUUGAGGAUCAAGCAGCAAGGAAAUUGUUACAUGCUACUCAUCGAUAAAGCUGAAAAAGAGCACGCUGGAAAAUACAUGGUUCGAGCAACGAAUGCCGGUGGAGAAGCUCAAAGUAUAGCCGAUUUUGCUGUCUUCGAGCCAACACCAGACACCAUGGUAGAGGUCCAUAAAACUGUCAUCUAUGAGAACGUGCAGGACAAGAAAGUCAUUCAGUCCGACGAAAAGAAGAGCGAGGUUCCCUCUAGCAAACAAUCGACAAGCGAACAAGUGACAACGACGAAAAUUCAACCAAUUCCACCAUUAAAGACAACUCCCAUCGUAUCAUCGGCGUCAAUGGCCGAGACGACCAGAACGGUAGAAAAGAUCGAGGAACCAGGAUCCAGUAUGAGUCGUUCAGAAAUGUUUUCAUCCACCGUCGAAUCGCACCAAAGUCAAUCGAAGUCCGAACAUAAGUUCCACAUGAAGCUAGAGCACAAAACACCAACCGUCACGGUAGAACCGAAGAAAGAAGAGAAAACGGUAAUAAAAGAAGUAAUUCGCGAAGAAGUAGAGAAGAAGGGCUUCGAGCCAAAAACUACAAUGGUCGAGGAGAAAACGAAAAUCGAAAACGAGAACAUCGAAACUUCGACGAUAGCCAAGAAAGACGCGUUGAGUUUCUUCGAGUCCAUGACGAAGGAAACAGAGGCAACUCCGAAAGGUCCGAAAGAGAUGAUAAAAUUAGUCGACGACGCUGAUGGUCACGAAGUCAAGGUUGGAAAGUUAACAAAAAAUUACGAAAGAUCUACUACUUUCCAGGAAGUGAAGAAACCAGAACCAAAGCCUGCGGAGCUUCAAACUACGAAGAAAGCAGUCCACGAGAUAUUCACUAAAUUAGAACAGGGUAGUACAGCUUCUCGUGGAGUGGACAACAAGCUGUUCGACUUCCCAUACGAACCCUAUAAACCACCGGUAGAGACCAAGAAGACAGUCGUGGAAGAAACAAUGUCCUCGGGAUCUUCUCUUCAAGGAUCUGUAACUAUGUCAAAGAUGGAAAGCAAAAUGGAAACUAAAAUGGAGAGCAAGUCAGAAAGCUCUGAAAUAUUGAUGGAGGGUUUUAAAUUGGUACCAGAGCCUCCUCCAGAGAUCGGUUACAUGCCGAAGCCCGAAGAAUUAAAAAAAAAACGCCCUGACGUGUCCAUCAAGGCUAAACAGCUCCAAGAAUCCUUCGACAAAACUCUGUCUCCUAUAGAUGCGCCUAUCGGCGGUGUGAAGAUUUUCCCUACACCUUCUCCAAAGAUUAGCGAAGUUCCGAAAGUGGCGCCAACCUUUUCCAUGCCACCUCCUCCGUUUGAGCUCGAGAAGAAAGAGGUAAUCGAAGAACCGUGCGUCAGAAAGGAUAUUCACGAGAAGAAGGAUUACGUGUCUUCGUUCAGAACAACGUCUCCGACUAGGCCUUGGUCAUCAUCGUCUGAUGUGGAAACUAGGUCACACGUGUCUACGGAUUUGUCAGAAUACAGGUGUCAGUCAGCUGCAUCGAGUCACCAGGAGAUUCUUAGGUCCACUUCGCCUAAACCUUCGGCCGAUGGAUUGGCUAUGGAGAAAUCUUGGGCGAAGAAAUAUGCUGACUCUACGAGAAAGUCUUGGCCUCCUCAGGAAGAGACGAAGUUCAAACAUGAAUGGCAGACUCCUAGCGAGGAUUUCAAGAGUACGCAAAAGGAGGUUAAGAGGGAAGUGGAAGAGAUCGACGGUGGGAUUAGAAAGACUAGUAUGGAGUCGUCCAGCACUACAGAGAGACGUUCGUGGAGCUCGAAACAGGAAUCGAUGGAAAAGAUGUCGAAAAGAGCUCCGUCUCCACCUAAAAUUCAACCAAUCAUUUAUAACGCUGAAACCAUCAAAGUGGAUCACGUGGUGAAUAAAAUGGAAGAGAAGUCUUUGUACGAAAAAUACACUAGUGAAUUCGACACGAAGAAGUCAGAGAAAUCGGAGAAGAUGGAAGAGACAUAUUCGAAGAAAUGGACAGGAUCUGAUGAUCUGAAGGCUCCAAGUCUCGUCAGAAGUGUCGGACCAGCGAAAAAGCCAGUGGCCCAACCGUAUCAUGUAACACCAACUCCUCCAGCUACAGAUCAGAUUAUUCUGGAACCAGGUCCUCCUCCGGAAAUCGGAUAUAUUCCGGCGCCAACGGUCAAAGAGAAGAAGAUCGAGAAGAUAGAGAAGUCCUUGGAGGUGUCUUUGGAGCAUCAGCCAGCUAAAAUUCCACCUGGAGGAAUCAGAACUUUUCCUCCAGCUCCAAAAAAGGAAGAGCCACCUGCGUUGCCUCCUAAAGACGUUAGAAUGACUCCUCCUCCUAUCCCAGCUAAGACGCAAACACCAGUAGAGAUCCUAGAACCGUUUCCAUUUAAACCUUCUCCUCCAUCUACGAUAAAAACGCCAAAGGUGCCACCUCCGCCGACUCCAACGAAAUUUAUCAAAAGCAGCUUUACUCAAGAAAGUGAUUACGAAUCGGACAUGGACAGUUUGAUGAAAGCAAAAUGGAGGCCAUACGAGAGCGACAGCGAAGAGCCACGUUAUCGAAGAGUUCAGCCACCAGUGCCUAAGCAGCCGAUUAGACCAAGGUCAACCGAGCCUGAGCCACUUCCCCCAUCUAAAUUCGAGGUUCCUCCUGCAACUGUGGGUCCACCUAGACCCGUGAUCACCAAAGAACAGCAAGAGAAAAUUUGUAAGAAGACUACGACAUUUAAGAAACAAGAGAAAGAGAUGAAACAGCAACAACAGAAAUAUCAAGUGGUUCAGCCUCCACCACAGAUUGAAUUGAAGCCUGGCUCUCCUCCUAUCUAUGUUCAACCAACCACGAAGAGUCCAACGCCGAAAAGUCCACCCGCUAAGAAGCCAGAGUCUCCGAAAUUCAAAGUGAAGACGUUCCAACAGGAAAGUGGAUACAUGGCAGAUACCGACGAGCCGUUCCAGCAGAGAAGUUCGAUUCAAUCGAUGCAGAAAAGCUUCGGAAAGCACGAAUCUUCGUCGUCCAUGACCUCUCACACGGAGUCACGCACUUCGUAUCAGGAAAGUCGAUCGGAAUAUUUCGAGAGCAAAAGUUACGAUAGCCGACAGCAGCAACAGAAAAAGGAAUCGUUCGUGUCACCUGUUCCUUCGAAGCAACCGACAACUCAGCCAGCCAGCGUUCAACAACGUAGCUCGUUGGUUGAAAAGAGCUACGCGUCCUCCGCGUCCCCGUCGAGAUUCAGUUCUACGAAGGAAACAAUUUACACCACGGAUCAGUCGCAGAAGAAGCUGGAAACAGCAAAGAAGAUCCUGCCACCCUCUCCGAGUCCUUCGAAAUUCGUGAAGAGCGAAUUUCGUGAAAGCGACUACGAGAGCGACUACGAUGGCAGAAUACCACCCCUUUGGAAACCGCGGGGUUACGAAAGCGACGACCAGACUUUCAGACCCGUAAAACAAAGUCUCGCUGGUCCAGGCAAACCCAGGGAGCCUCGAACGCCGCUGAUCGAGGAGAUCUCGAAGAAGGAGCUCGAGAGAAAGGAGGAGAGAAUCGCAACGACCACUCCGACCAAGCAGAAGACGGUUCUCCUUCCUGGUUCUCCGCCAGAAAUCGCCUAUGCACCGCCUCAACCAACUUACUACGAAGCUCGAUCUGGUAUGCCGUUCCACAACGCGAUCGGCACGGAAACCAAGAAAACGGUCAGAAUGGACGAAUCCACGGAAAACAGCAGAAGAAUUGUUACGGUGGAGCAGACCAGUCGAGUGAUUAAAUUUGGCGACCAGAAACCAUCGGCUGACUUCAGAAGCUUCGACGCGACGCCUGAUCAACGACACAAGUCGACGUUUAAAGUACCAACUCCAAAGAAGUUUGUUCAAGGUCAAUUUAGAGAAUCGGAUUACGAGAGCGAUAUCGAUACGAGGAUCAAACCUAAAUGGGCUCCAGCGGACAGUGACACGGAGGAACCACGGUACAGGAAGGUUCAACCGCCUAUGAUGAAGGCGCCAAGGUCAUCGAGUGCUCCGGUUAGACACGAGCACGUGGUUUCACCGUUGGAGUUUGACACUGGGCCACCUGUGAUCAAGAGACAAACGUCGAUGACACAGCUAAGGGACGAUAGUAGAACGAGGAGGAUCGACUCACAGAUGAAAAUGCAGAAGGAAGUUAGCUCCAGGCAGGAGGAUGUGCUGAAGCCUGGAUCGCCACCUGAGUUUGGUUUUAUCUCGAGGAGCGACAUGAAGAAGGCAGCCAAUCACGUCGCGUCGCGUCACAUGAGCGACAUGACCAGCAGCUUCAAAUCGAAAACCGAGAAAUUCGUCAGCGACAUCCAGUCGGAUCUGAAGCAGGGCAAGCCGAUCCUCAAGCAUCCGAUCGAUAGCCGAGCCAGCGAUGGCGACGAGCCCAGAACUUACAGAGAGGAAUCACGACACUCGGAACAUGGAACGAAGCAAAUCGACCCAGACACCGGGCUGAUAUACUUCAAGUACGACUUUGGCUACGAGUUCGGAAUCGUGCUUCCCGGGGAAGGCAAAAGAACAGUCAGCAGUACUAACAGAACGAUCCAAGGCCAACGACGAGCCAGCGACAUCGAGGUACCCAUCGUUCACGAGUUCACUACAAGGAAAGAGAACGGUUUCGCGAAGAGAAGCAGUUCUACGGCGUCUUCGACGCGACAGAGCAAACCAGCUGGCAAAUUUGGCACGUCGAAGACGGUGAAAUGGGAGCCAACGUCGGAGAGCGAGUUCUCGGAGGCGGAGGACAUCAGAAACGCGAGAAAGAGGCAUCAAGAGGGAGGAAGCACGAUGGCACCACCUAGUCUCGUUAUACCUUGUUCGCCAUCGCCAUCCAGAUGGGAUCACACGACGCCCAGUCCGAUUUCCCUCAGCCCAAGCUUACCAAGUCUCUCCCCCAGAUACAGUAGCGCUACAGGACCACCCAGCAAUGUCGACUCAGCAGGAUCACCAUGGCCAACUACUAACGGAGUGGCCUCGAGCAAAGAAGUGAUUCAGCCUUAUCUAGAAAUACUACCGAAAAAGGCACCUCUAUUCAUCACGCCACUGAGAGAUAUCGCGGUGGUGAGCGGACAAACAGCGAGAUUCGAGUGCAUCGUUCAGGCUGAACCACAACCGAACAUCCUCUGGUCUAAGGAUGGCAGAAUCGUCGAGAAUUCAUCGUGCUACGAGAUUCAUUAUCGUAAUGGCGUUUGCCGUUUGACCAUAGUGCGAGCUUUUCCUGAGGACGCUGGCACUUACGCGUGCACUGCAACGAAUAGCUUAGGUUCGACAGUAACUUCCGCUACCUUGCAGGUGCCAGGAGUUCCUUCACCAUUCUAUGGGACAUAUCGGGACCAAAACAUCAGCGAAAGAGUGAUCGAGAGUUCGCCCAGGUACGUAGCUCUGAGGGACCUGUUUCUACCGCAAGAAAACUACGUGAAAACGACACCUAUGAAUCGUCAACAUUCGACGCGACACGAUUCCUCUGUCGCGUGCAACUUGAUCGCGGAUCGCAGUUAUCCAGGUGGCAGCUAUCGCGAGAGACGAAUUACGGCGGAAGAAUGCGACCAGAUAACAGAACGAAAUGUGAUAGCGCGACGACUCGAAUAUUCCAAUUUCGAGACGGACGAUUCGUUUCACGAUGAUUUCUGCUUCGAUCGCGAAUAUUCCCGUUACACAUCGUCGAAACCGAGGCCACCAGACAAAGUUCAAGGGGAGAUUGUGAUGCAGACGACGCCCACGGUACCAACAUUUACCGGCAGACCCGGCGAUCCAUCGCCGCCGGUCUUCGAACAGAUCUUUAAGAACGCCAGAUUCGCGCAGGGUGGAAACGCGAUUUUCGAGGGACGUGUCCGAGGAAAUCCAAAGCCCACGGUAUCCUGGACGCACAAAGGUGCGCCGUUGUUGGAAUCAUGGAAAAUUCGAAUGUCUUACGACGAGAAGACCGGAGCGGUCACGCUUCAAAUUAACCAAAUUGGUCCUGGGGACGAGGGUGAAUACACGUGCAGUGCUAAAAAUCAAUACGGCGAAGCAAUCUGCUCCGUUUACAUUCAACCAGAAGGAUUUGGACCUCCACAACAACAACAGAUGGGUUUCAGGAAGGAAUAUUCUCAGACCUUCCAGUCCACCGAACAGAAGUCUCAAACAGGAACACAAAGCGUUCAACAACGUAGUUAUCAACAAACGAUCGAUAAACGAAGCUACGUUAACGGAACUUCCAUCAGCAGCGAAGAUUUCAAGGUGGACACUUUCGAAUACAGACUGCUGCGGGAAACGGAGUUUCGAGAGUCGAUUACUCGUCGUUUCGUGGGCGAAUCCGACGUGCAGAUUUCGACGGUGGUAGAUCGUAGUCUGGGACCGGUUGCACCUCCGCAAAUCACGCAGAAGCCCAGAAACUCGAAGCUUGUCGAGGGAUCCGAUGCCGUUUUCACUGCGAAGAUCUCGGGAAAUCCGAAACCAAGAUUAACUUGGUUCAAAAACGGUCAGAGGAUCCGCGAAUCACAACGCGUGGAAAUGAGCCACUCGAAUCAGCAAGCUACCUUGAGGAUCAGAGUCGCCCUGCCGGAAGACAGUGGCCAUUAUACUUUGCUCUCGGAAAAUCCUCAGGGUUGCACCGUCAGCUCUGCAUAUCUGGCGAUUGAAUCCAGCGAUCAAGUAGAUCAGGCCUAUCAAGCUCCAAGAGAAACGAUCAAAACUCAGCAAGUUGAAACAACUGGCGAGUCCGACUCUGGAAAAGUAUUGCCGCCGAAUUUCGUUCGCACGUGCACCGAUCGCGAUGCCACCGAAGGAAAAAUGACCAGGUUUGACUGUCGCGUAACCGGCCGUCCGUAUCCCGAGGUGACAUGGUACAUAAACGGUCAACAAGUAGUCAACGACCUGACCCACAAGAUCCUCGUGAACGAGUCUGGUAAUAAUUCAUUGAUGAUCACGAACGUGAGCCGCGCGGACGCCGGCGUCGUGACCUGUGUCGCUAGGAACAAGGCUGGCGAAACCUCGUUCCAGUGUAACUUGAACGUGAUCGAGAAAGAACAAGUUGUCGCGCCAAAAUUCGUGGAACGAUUCACAACGACGAAUGUAAAAGAGGGAGAACCGGUUGUUUUUAUGGCUCGUGCGGUUGGCACUCCUGUACCGCGUAUCACCUGGCAGAAGGAUGGAGUGCCGAUAACACCUGGACCGGAUGUGCGUAUUUCAACGGAUGGUAGCGGAGCAUCAACUUUAGAUAUACCCUACGCAAAAAUGUCAGAUGCCGCUUGGUACCAGUGCACGGCGCAGAAUGUAGCUGGCUCUACCGCCACCCGAGCACGGCUCUUCGUGGAAACACCGAAAGGAGUAGCCCCCGAACCAAGACGCCUGAACUUACCCCGACCGACGAAAGUCAUCGAACCAGAACCAGCGCCUGGCCCCGAAGUGAUUUAUUUGAGACACGUGGAACGCGCCAAGCCAUAUUUGCCUCCACCCGAGGAAGAUAGAGUUUAUCCACCACCACGUUUCAUCAUACCAUUGAAGGACGUCCAUCAGAUCGAGGGUGGACGAAUUCACUUCGAGGCCAGAAUCGAACCGGUGGGCGAUCCCACCAUGAGGGUAGAGUGGUACGUCAAUGGACGAGCUCUUGAUGCGAGUUCCCGUGCGACUUCUAUCUUCCGAUUUGGCUUCAUCUCUCUCGACUUAAUUAGCAUCGUUCUUCAAGACAGCGGCGAAUAUUUAUGCCGCGUCGUGAGUUCGACCGGAGUCGCCGAAUCUCGAGCUACCCUCAGCGUGACACCACGCGCAACAAUCGAACAGGCUAGCCAACACCCCGACAGCCUUCAAUAUAUUCAACAGCUCGAGGAUUACAGCAAGUAUCAAAGGCAGGAGAGUGUGGAGGAGAUCUCUUCACAGCGGCCGGCCUUCAUCCGACCACUCCAGGAUCUAGGAGAGCUACAGGAAGGUCGUAACGCUCAUUUUGAAGCGCAACUGACACCUGUAAGCGAUCCCACGAUGAAAGUGGAGUGGUACAAGGAUGGCAGGCCAAUCACAGCUAGCUCAAGAAUCACAACCAUCUUCAACUUCGGGUACGUCUCGCUCAAUAUAUUGCACCUACGAGCUGAAGAUGCCGGUUCUUAUACUGUCAGAGCUGUGAACCGCUUGGGAGAGGCCGUCAGCUCCGCGUCUCUUCGUGUCUUUGCACGCACAAGCGUGACUACUGAUCUGGGAAUCCCCGAGCAACAAAGGUAUAUCGAGGCUGCCGAGGAAUUGGAAGCCUAUCAACAGGCUAUGCACCAGAAAUACGUACAGCAACAGCCUGAACCGACUAGCCCACCGGAAUUCAAAUCUCCUAUCAAGGAUCAAAACAACAUACGAGAAGGCGGAUUUGCUCAUUUCGAAGCACGUCUAGAACCAGUCGGCGAUUCUGAUUUGAGAGUCGAAUGGCUCAAGGACGGACGCCCUGUAGAAGCAAGUUCACGGAUCACGACAUUCUUCAACUUCGGUUACGUUGCGUUGACCAUCAAAUACGUAACGAUUCACGACGUUGGUAUAUACACUUGCCGCGCAUACAACCGUGUCGGUGAAGCACAUACAACCGCUCAGCUGAGCGUCAUCAGCAAGAACGAUGUCAUCUAUGACAGUCAACAUCCGACCGGACUUCAGAAGAUUCAAACUUUGGAAGAUUCCAGCAGAUAUUCGCGACAGGUUCAAGAAGAAACACAAGUAACUCAAGCGCCACGAUUUUUGGGCAACCUGAAGGGUACCAACAAGAUCGUUGAAGGUCAACGUGCUCAUUUCGAGGCUCGUGUGGAACCUCAGAGCGAUUUAACUAUGACGAUCGAAUGGUACCACAAUGGAAAAUCUAUCACUGCAGCAAAUAGAAUUCAAAUGUAUCACGACUUUGGAUACGUGGCUAUAGAUAUUCUUCAGGUUAGACCCGAAGACGCUGGUACAUACACCGUGGUCGCUAGAAAUGCUCUUGGAGAAGCUAAAUUGUCCGCCACGAUGGUCGUGGAGACACGCUCAAGCGUCGAUACCAGCAGUAUGCAUCGCACUUCCUACGAGAAGACUCAGCGUCUCGAAGAAUCGAAAUUCGUCGAGCCUCAAUAUCACAUCGAGGAAAUUUCAAAAUCAAAGCCAAUAUUCGUGCAGCCAUUGAGCGAUCCUAAACCUGUGAGCGAGGGCAAGAACAUUCAUUUGGAAUGCCGUUUGGAACCUAUGGGCGAUCCAACGAUGAGAGUCGAAUGGUUCCAAAAUGGUCGUCCAGUUACCGUUGGCUCCAGAUUUAGAACUUACUACGAUUUUGGUUUCGUCGCUUUGGACAUCGUGCAUUCGACUAUCCUCGACUCUGGCGAAUAUACUGUCAGAGCUACCAAUCAUCUUGGCACUGCACAUACCUCAGCCUGCGUCAGAGUAAUCGGAAAGUCCGAUGUUGUUACCGAAACUCAGCACGAGCAAUCGCUCGAACAGAUUCAAAUGCUGGAAGAUUCAUCCAGAUAUCGCAAGACCCAGCAAGAAGAAGUGACAGUGAUGCAGCCCCCGCAGUUCACUCGUCCUCUGCACAACAUCGAAACGGUGGAACUGACCAACGUUCACCUCGAGUGUCGUCUUCAGCCAGUUGGCGAUGCCAGCAUGAAAGUGGAAUGGUUCGUCAAUGGCAGACCAGUGAAGACUGGCCACAGAUUCAGACCAUCUUACGAAUUCGACUACGUCGCCCUUGACAUCUUGGGCGUUUAUCCUGAAGAUUCAGGCGUGUACACCUGCCAAGCUAGAAAUCAACUGGGAGAAGCCGUCACUUCCUGUUCAGUGAGAGUACACGCCAAGAAAGAUUUACUCCUGGAGUCUCAACAUCCUGAAGGUUUGGAAAGAAUACAAUACCUGGAAGAUGCUUCCAGAUACAAGAGACAGGAACUGGUUGACGAAGUGGUCAAUGUUAAGCCGAGAUUCAUCACGGCUCCGAAAAAUCAAGAGAAUCUUCGUGAAGGACAACACGCUCAUUUCGAGUGCAAACUGGAACCUGUAACGGACUCCAACUUGAAAGUUGAAUGGUUCAAGAACGGUCGUCCGGUUACAAUAGGACACCGAUUCCGUCCAAUCCACGAUUUUGGCUACGUUGCUCUGGAUGUAAUCGACCUAAUCGCCGAGGACUCGGGUACCUACACGUGUCGCGCUGUCAAUCUGGUUGGCAGCGACGAAGUGUCUUGUACUCUAACUUGUCGAUCAACCGCACAAGUUCUGACAGACACUCAAAACGAGAUUGGCCUGGAACAAAUUCAUUACCUCGAAGAUAGAUCGAGAUACCAACGCCGAGAAGAUAUCGAGGAAACAACCACUCAAGCUCCAAUUUUCACCACCUCCUUGAACAACGUGGAGAUCAAAGAAGGUCAAAGAGCACACUUCGAGUGCAGAUUGAUCCCUGUGUCUGAUGUAACGAUGAAAGUCGAAUGGUUCCAUAAUAAUAAGCCUGUGAAAGCUGGCUCAAGAUUCGUCGAGACUAAUAGCUUUGGUUUCGUGGCCUUGGAUAUCAUGUACGCCUAUCCUGAAGACUCUGGUACUUACACCUGCCGAGCGAAGAAUAUCAUAGGAGAGGCGAUUACAUCUGCAACUGCAGUUGUGCACUCGAAAAAGUCAAUUUACACGGAAAGCCAAAAUGAAGAGACACUUCAACGUCUUCAUUACUUGGAGGAUACCUCGAGAUACCAACGUAAAACUACGACCGAGGAAAUCGUUACUCAAGCACCAGUUUUCACGAUGCCGAUCAAGGACCUGAAAGUCGCUGAAAAUCAAGCGGCUCAUUUCGAAGCUCGAGUGAUACCUGUUGGCGAUUCAAAGCUCAAAGUCGAAUGGCUGCGAAAUGGAGUUCCGAUAGCAGCUUCCAAUCGCGUGACAACGAUGCACGAUUUCGGAUACGUCGCUCUAAACAUGAAAUACGUGAACCCUGAAGACUCAGGUACCUACACUUGCCGUGCAGUAAAUGAUCUUGGAGAGGCUGUAACAUCAGCGACACUUUUCGUCCAGUCCAAGGCGGCCCUGCAAUUCGAGUCGCAGCACGAGAGCGCGUUGUCGAAGAUCCAGGCGCUGGAGGACACCAGCAGGUAUCAACGACGCGAAGAAGAAGAGAUCGUGGUAAAGGAGAAACCAUCGUUCACGGUCCAACUAAACGGACCUACCAGUUUGGUCGAGGGACAAAGCGCACACUAUGAGUGCCGUAUCGAACCCUAUCCCGAUCCAACUAUGAAGGUGGAAUGGUUCCACAAUGGAAAACCAUUAUCCACCGGUCACAGGUACAGAACGACUUGUGACUUUGGAUUCGCUGCGUUGGACGUGCUCACGGUAUAUGCUGAAGAUUCUGGCACCUAUACCUGCCAGGCCACCAAUAGACUGGGAUCGGCGAAGAGCUCGAUUAAUCUUGACGUGAAAUCUCGCUCCUCGAUUAUUCGCGAAACUCAACACGAAAGUGCCCUGAAGAAAAUACAGUACCUAGAAGACGACUCGCGUUAUAAACGCGUAGAUGAAGAGGACUUGAUCAUCGCUGAGAAACCGAAAUUCGGUCGUCCAUUGAAGAACAUCGAACAUCUUCCUGAAGGCAAAAGCGCCCAUCUCGAGGCGACUCUAACGCCUGUCAACGAUCCCACUAUGGUGGUUGAAUGGUACAGAGAUGGCAGACCGAUUCCUCAAGGACAUAAAUUCAAGACUACCUAUGACUUUGGUUACGUGGCUCUCGAUAUUCUUUACGCCUAUCCGGAAGACUCUGGAACUUACAUGUGCAAGGCGAGGAACGCUGUUGGCGAGGCUGUUACCACUUGCGUCAUCAGCGUUGACUCGAAACAAGGCCUAUAUUUGGACACGUUAGACGCUCAGCGUUUGCAGAAGAUUCGCGAGCUAGAGACUGUAGAAGUGAAGCAAGAGAUUGAAAAAGAGGUUGUACACCAGAAGCCUGUUUUCCUUACGCCAUUGAACAACCUGGAUCUAAAGGAGGGCGAACACGCUCACUUGGAAUGCCGCGUCGAACCCAUCAACGACCCAAAUCUAAAGAUAGAAUGGUUCGUAAAUGGAGUUGCUGUAAGAACAGGACAUCGCUUCCGCAAAACACACGACUUCGGUUAUGUGGCUCUUGAUAUUCUUUAUACAUAUGCCGAAGAUUCUGGUACCUACAUGUGCAAGGCUACCAAUUUAGCUGGCGAGGCUGUCAACACCUGCACCAUCAAAGUUGGCUCUCGCCGCAGUAUUCUCCUAGACACUCAACAUCCAGAUGGCCUCGAGAAGAUUCGUGAACUCGAGGCUCAAGGACGUCCAGCCCGCUUAGAAGUCGAAGAACCACCAGUGACACCACCAAGAUUCGUCACUGAACUCAGGGGUACCACCGAAGUAUACGAAGGACAAACAGCCCAUUUCGAGUGCCAAGUUGAGCCUCUCCACGACGCCAACUUGAGGAUCGAAUUCUUCCACAAUGGCAAGCCGCUUCCAUCUGCCUCUAGGUUCCACGUGACCUUUGACUUUGGAUAUGUGGCUCUUGAUAUCGGCCAUGCUGUUCCCGAAGACGCAGGAGAAUAUUCCGUACGAGCUAUCAAUGCUCUAGGCCAAUGCGUAUCCUCGAUAGAGUUGAGGGUUAUUCCAAGGGACAGCAUUAUUCUGGACUCGCAACGUCCUGAAGGAAUGGACAAGAUUCGUGAAUUGGAAGCUCAACAGCCUUGGAAGAGACCAGACGUACCAGAACCGCAAACUAGGCAAAGACCAGUCUUUACUCAACCGUUGCAAAAUAUCGACGCUAUUCCCGAAGGGCACACUGCUCACUUCGAGUGCAGAUUGAUUCCUGUAGGAGAUCCAACGUUGAAGGUUGAAUGGUUCAGGAACGAAAUCCCACUUGAGACUAGUUCAAGAAUCACCAAAGUCCAUGAUUUCGGCUACGUCUCGUUGGACAUCUCCCACGUGAGAGAAGAAGACGAAGGCGUGUACAUGUGCCGUGCGUCCAACCCACUCGGUGAAGCAGUUACUACUGCUUCGAUGAAGAUCAAGAGUAAAGCUAGCAUUCAAUUGGACACCCAACACCCUGAAGCGCAACGUAAGAUCGCCCAACUUGAAGCUGAUAAAGGACCAAGUCGUCCUGAAGAACCGGAGAAGGUAUUCGAUAAACCUAUCUUCACACAAUUGUUGACUGGACCCACGGAACUUUGGGAAGGCCAGAUGGCUAGAUACGAAUGCAGAGUCGUUCCAGUUGGCGAUGCCAGUUUGAGAUUCGAGUGGUACAUCAAUGGAGUCGAACUAAAAAUGGGAUCUCGGUUCCACGUGAGUCAUGAUUUCGGCUACGUGACCCUGGACAUCCUGAAAGUAAUCUCGGAGGAUUCCGGUGUAUACACUUGCAAAGCCAUCAACAAAUCCGGCGAGGCAGUUUCCUCGAUUUCCCUGAAAGUGAAAGCGCGCUCAGCUAUCGAUGCCGAAAGUCUUCAACCAGAUGCUUGGCAGAAGAUCCAGCUGAAAGAAGCGGAGAUGAACAAAGUACCGGAAAUGUUCGUCGACACGACGCCUCAACAGGCUCCAGUCUUCACCAAACACCUCGAAAGCCACGACAGACUCGUGGAAGGUCAACAUGUAUACUUGGAAGCUCAAGUAGAGCCAAGAGCAGAUCCAAACCUUCGCGUUGAGUGGUUCAAAAACGGAGUGGCUCUUCAAACUGGAACCAGACUUCGUAGUACCUUCGAUUUUGGCCUUGUUACACUAUCUAUCAAUGGUUUAAGACCCGACGAUUCCGCCAUUUACACUUGUAAAGCCACGAACUUACUUGGAGAGGCUGUGUCUACUUGCAGUUUGAAGAUCGUCGAUCGUCAUUGGUUACUUGGCGACACUCUUCAUCCCGAUGCUCUUCCAAAGAUCGACGCCUUAGAGCAACCUCAUGUCACCUCAACAGAACAACCAGAACCUAUUUACGAGGAACCAGUGUUCAUCACUCAUCUGAACAACGUUGAAUGCGUAGAAGGUGACAAUGUGCACUUUGAAUGUAACGUUGAGCCAUCAAAAGAUCCCACGAUGAAGAUCGAAUGGUUCAUCAAUGGUAAACCUCUUCCAACUGGAGCAAGAUUCAAGUCGACUUAUGACUUUGGUUAUGUAGCUUUGGACAUUACUCAUGCUUAUGAAGAAGAUUCUGGAGUAGUCAUUGUUAAGGCUACCAAUUCGAAGGGAUCAGCUCAGACGUCAGGAACUCUCAAAUGCACCAGCAAACAGAACAUCUAUCUGCAGACGCAGCAUCCUCAAGGAGAGGCUGGCUUGGAAAAAGUCAAAGAAGCUGAAGAUGCUUAUUUGUCGAAAUAUAGGAGGCCAGACGCUGGACCAGAACAAGAAUAUCCUAAACCGAUCUGGACAGUGCCCUUGCAGCCGGAAUUCAAAUUGGGCGAGUCUGAACCUCUUCAUUUGGAGGGUCAGGUAGAGCCCAAGGACGAUCCAAACUUGAAGAUCGAGUGGUACUUCAAUGGAAAAGCUCUGGAACAUGGAUCCAGGUUUAAGAUGACCAGCGACUUUGGAUUCGUCACUUUGGACUUGACAGAUGUCUAUGACCGUGAUUCUGGAAUUUACACUUGCAAGGCAUACAACAAAGCUGGAGAAGCUUUCACUUCAACAACGAUCUACUGUACGACCAAGGAGAAUAUCAUCGAGAGAUCGCAGCAUCCCAAAGGUAAGGAGGGUUUGGAAGCAAUCCAGGACCUCGAAGAAUCGCUGAAACGACAGGAAGGAGCUCCACCAGAGAGUGAAGAAGGUCAUCCACCUGUGUUCACAUCUCAAUUCGAGAACCUGACUAACCUAUCCGAAGGAGAAAUCGCUCACUUCGAAGCUUCGCUCACGCCAACUAGUGACCAAACUAUGGUAGUCGAGUGGUUCUACAAUGGCAAGGUCCUGGACGCCAGUCAUCGCAUAAGAACAGUCUAUGCCUUUGGAAUGGUGGUUCUCGAGGUUCUUGGAACCAAGAUAGAGGACUCUGGCACCUACUCUUGCAGGGCUACCAACAAAUGGGGCCGUGCCGAGAUCAGUGUGGAAUUAGAAUGCGUAGAUAAAUCGAAAGGACAGAAACCCAAAUUUACAACUCAUAUUCAAUCGCUGGAAGGUCUAAAGGAUGGCCAGUCUGCUCACUUCGAGUGUACUUUAAUUCCAGUUGGAGAUCCUCAUAUGAAAGUAGAAUGGUUCCACAAUGGCCAACCUUUGAGACACUCGUCCAGAUUCAAGAUGGUAUCCGAUUUUGGAUUUGUUGUGAUGGAUAUCGCUGGCGUGAUGGCCCACGAUACUGGAGAGUACGUAUGCAAGGCUAGCAACAAAUAUGGCGAAGAUUACACUAAAGCAACUCUGAAAUGCUUUGGAAAGAGCGGAGUAUAUCUUGAUUCGUUACAACCAGAUUCUCUCGCUAGAAUCAGAGAACUGGAGAGUUAUGGUGGUGAACAACCUGCCACGCCAACGACUCCAGUUGCAGAGCCACCUAAAUUCAUCACGCAAAUUUCUGACAUCACGAAAUUGGUUGAAGGACAAUCCGCUCACUUCGAAGCUAGACUGACUCCUGUAAAUGAUCCAGAUCUAAAAGUCGAGUGGUAUUACAAUGGAAAGAAAUUACCUCAUGGACACAGAUACAGAACCUUCCACGACUUUGGCAUUGUCAUUUUGGAUAUAUUGUACUGUUACGAAGAGAAUUCUGGAGUUUACGAGUGCAGAGCUUUCAAUAAGUAUGGAGAAGAUACGACUAAGGCGACCUUGAAAUGUUAUUCCAAAUCGAGUCUCAUUUUGGAAAGUCAGCUUCCUAAAGGAAUGGAAGGUGGAUUGGAGAAGAUUCAGACUUUGGAGGACUCGAUGAUUCGCACUAAAGACGAAAAGAUCGUAGAGGAACGAGGAAAGGCACCUGUGUUCACUGUACCUUUGAGCAACAUCGAUGGCCUUCGCGAGGGCGAGAGCGCGCACUUUGAAGCUAGACUUACACCUACCGACGAUCCAAAAUUAAAGGUCGAAUGGUUCUGGAACGGAAAACCUUUGCGGACCGGUACUCGUUUCCGUACCUUCUGCGACUUCGGCUUCGUGAUUCUUGAAAUUUCGCCGAUCUAUCCAGAAGACUCUGGCGAGUACAGCUGCCGAGCAACAAACGACUACGGCGAAGCUGUAACCACAUGCACGAUGAAGUGUACUGGAAAACGAAGCAUCAUUCUCGAAUCUCAACUGCCAAAAGGAAUGGAAGGCACGAUAGAUAAAAUCGCCGAACUGGAAGGUCUUGGAAACGAACCUGGUAUUGCAACUCCGGACGACGAUACCGGAAAACCACCGGAAUUCAUCACGACGCCAUCCGAUUUGACUCUAACCGAGAAUUCCUUGGCGCACUUCGAGUGCAGAUUAACACCGAUCAACGACUCCAGCAUGAGAGUGGAAUGGUUCCACAAUGGAAAACCUCUGUUGGCUGGAACCAGGAUCAAAACCAUCCACGACUUUGGAUUUGUAAUUUUGGAAGUAGCCAAUUGCUACCAACGAGACUCUGGUUUAUAUACAUGCAAAGCGACGAAUCGUCACGGUGAAGCUACUGUGUCAUGCAAACUUCAAGUUCGUGGACGUCAAGGAAUUAUCUUGGAGCCUCAGCUGCCAAGCAACUUUAAGACUGGAACAGAGAGUAUUCAGAAAUUGGAAGAGGCUUUGUACAAGAAGGACGAGAUACUGACCGAGGAAGAAACACCUAAUCCUCCUAAAUUUACUGUGGAAUUGAAGGAUAUCGAAGUAGAGGAAGGAGCAUCCAGUCACUUUGAUUGCAGAGUCGAACCUGUGGGCGAUUCUACCAUGCGUAUCGAUUGGUUCCAUAAUGGAAGAUCGUUCGCUACCGGAUCUCGUGUACACCAGAUUAACGACUUUGGAUUCAUUUCGUUGGACAUGUCCUACACCUAUGCUAGAGAUAGUGGAGAAUACGUUUGCAGAGCUACGAACAAGUGGGGAUCUGCUACUACCAAAGCUACAAUAACGUGCAAAUCUAAGAAAACCAUAGAUUUCGACUCGCAGUUGCCCUCGGGCAUGAGCGGCGAGAAGCUGAAAGAAUUAGAACGUGGUCCGGUAAGCGAGCCACCUGCCGAAGAGCCACCACGUCAACCACCAAGGUUUAUUACGCAGAUUCAAUCAGCAACCGUUGACGAGUCUGAACCAGUUAGGUUCGAAUGUCGCGUGGAACCAAAAGACGAUCCAAAUCUACGCAUAGAGUGGUACAGAAAUGGAAAAUUGAUCCCAGCUGGACACAGAUACAGAACAAUGUACGAUAUGGGAUUCGUGUCUAUGGAUAUUUUGUACGUUUACCCUGAGGACUCGGGAGAAUACGUGUGCAAAGCUAUUAACGAUCUUGGCGAGGACACUACCAGGGCAUCGGUAUCAUGCAAAAAGUUGCCCAACAUCAUCCUACAGAACCAAGUGCCAAAGGGUAUGAAGAAGUCGGAAGCGUUGAUGCAAAUGGAAGCCACCAUCAAGAAAUACACUUCGGAAGUUCACCUUACAGAGGACGAUCUCUACGACGCGGAUAAGAAACAACCACCACGUUUCGUCACUCAGAUCCAAGACCAAACCGAGCUGGUUGAAAUGAACAGCACAAAGUUCGAGUGCCAAUUGGCACCUGUGGGUGAUCCGAACAUGAAGGUCGAAUGGUUCUUCAAUGGCAAACCUUUACCACACAAGAACAGAUUCACUCCAAUUUACGACUUUGGUUACGUGGCGAUGAACUUUGGAUGGGUAUAUCCUGAAGACAGCGGAGAAUAUCUAUGCAGAGCCACGAAUCUUUACGGAAUGGACGAAACACGAGCGGUGAUCCGAACGGCUGGCAAGCCUGGAAUUAUUUACGAGUCGCAACUACCAAAGGGCAUGAAGAGUAUCGAGAAGAUCAGGGAGAUGGAAGCUGCAUGGCAAAUAGUACCUGAGGAGGAGGGCGAAGAAGAGAAGGUGCGUGCACCUCCAACGUUCGUGAGCAAACCUGAACCGGUAACCGUGGAAGAGGGUGAUUGGUCGAGAUUCUGUUGUCGUGUCACUGGUCACCCGAGACCGCGAGUCAUGUGGAUCAUCAAUGGACAUACUGUGGUCAAUGGAUCACGGUAUAAACUGACGUACGACGGUAUGUACCAUCUCGACAUCCCCAAGACGAGGCAAUACGAUCACGGGAAGAUCGAAGUGAUCGCGAGAAGUUCCGUAGGCGAGUCACGAACCGAAACCACCCUAACAGUAAAACCAAGGAGCGACGAUUAUCGUGGUGUACUGAAAAAUUCACCAAGACCUUGGUAUGAUUACGGACUGACCCAAUACCAAUCGGAGCGACAGAACACAGAGCUCGAGAAAGUUUUCGACGAAAGACACCAUAACAUCUCUCAAGGCAUCGAGAUCGCCACGGAGCACCUUGGACAGAAAGUUUUCAAGGAACCAGAGACAGAAUGGCAGAAGUCUGUGAAGAGCAAAAAGAACGAGGAUUAUUACAACAAGCUCAUGACUCUGGAGGAAGAACAGGUGUUGAAGGAGAGUAGGCUGAGAGAAUCUAGCCAUCAAUUUGCUAUUCCUGGUGAAAAAGUUGUCUCUCAUUCUGUGGCGAAGGGAAUGGCCCAACAGUAUGAGGAAACCUUGGAAGACAAAAAGGAGGAAAGAAUCGAAGACACCACCACACAGACAACUACCAAAUUCGUGAAGAAACCACAUACAACGGAGGUGGACAUCGACGUGGAGCGCAUGAAAACCACUGGCAAGUAUCCUCCGGAACCAUCAGAAUCCACGGUUCACGGUCGUGAAGUGCACGUGGCCAAGCAGAAGCAAAUACAGAAAGAAGUCAAAGGAGACUUGGAGAUAACCAGAAAGAUAACCGCCACGGAAACCACCGAAGUGGAGCACAAAGCCAAGACCCAGGAGCGUGUUGUUCAAGGUCCAAUGAAACCAGCCACGCCACCAGUCUUCACGAAGAAGAUUCAACCUUGCAGAGCGUUCGAGCAAGAGCAAGCCCGAUUCGAAGUCGAAUUCGACGGUGAUCCAUUGCCAACCAUCAAAUGGUACCGCGAAGAUUUCCCCAUUCAGAAUUCUCCGGAUCUUCAGAUUUAUACGUUCAGCACGAAAUCGGUGCUGAUCGUUCGACAAGUGUUCAUGGAAGAUUCUGGAGUGUUCUCUGUCAUCGCUGAGAAUCGUGGCGGGAAGGCGAAAUGCAGCGCCAAUCUGGUGGUCGAAGAACGAAGAAGACAACCUGGUAGAGGAGGAGUGAUACCACCUAGUUUCCUGUCUACCAUUCAGAAUACCUCGGUCACUACUGGUCAACUGGCCAGAUUCGACGCCAAAGUGACUGGAACUAAGCCUUUGGAUGUUUAUUGGUUGAAGAAUGGCAAGAAAGUGACGGCAGAUAUUCGUUACAAGACACUCGAGGAAGAUAAUACUUACACCUUGUUGAUUUUGGAGACAGUGCCAGAAGAUUCAGGCAAAUAUGAGUGCGUUGCGAUAAACAGUGCCGGAGAAGCACGUUGCGACGCUGAAUGUACGGUUCGUGGACCUCAAUCGCCCGCCAAGACGGCGAAACCGACGACGCCUGGCGUCGAAAAGGCGCCCACGGUUUUGGAACCAUUGAGAGAUCAAACUAUCAGAGAAGGAACAUCCGUCGCCUUUGCGUGCAGGAUCACCGGAAAACCGGUGCCCACGGUACAAUGGAAAAAAGGCGACAAGGUCAUCAAACCAUCCAAGUACUUCCAAAUGCAGAAGGAAGGUGAUCUCUGUACUCUGAGGAUCUCUGAAGCUUUCCCCGAAGACGAAGGCGUCUACAAAUGCAUCGCCAAGAAUCCAGCUGGUGAUGUAACUACUUCGGCCAAUCUCAGAGUUCUUGCUCCCGACGCAGCUGACGUUCUCCCCAAACUGACGCCACUGAAAGAUCAAACAGUUCUAGAAGGACAACCGGCACAGUUCAAGACCCAAGUUACUCCAGCUAAACCAAAGCCAACGAUCCAAUGGUAUCGCGAAGGUGCCCUAAUCCCUCAGUCACCUGACUUCCAGAUGAUUCACGAAAGCAAUAACGCCGUGCUGCUGAUAGCGACCACCUACGAAGAAGACACUGGUACCUUCACCUGCCGAGCUACCACGUCAGCCGGCACCGUAGAAACCUCCGCCAAACUCAUCGUCAAAAAGAGAAAAGGAGCGUAUUACGAAGUUCCUGCAGAAACGGGACCAGGCGCGAAAACCGGCGUGAAACCAUCGAUAGGUUUUGGUACGGGCAAGGACAUUGUCCUCGAACCGUUACCUUUAGACGAGAAUGGAUUGCCACUCGAAAUACCCUUACAACCGGGGGAUGAAUCGUUACCUUGGAGAAAGGGGCGAGUUCAUCAUCGACCUCGACUUGGCGACGCGACGCCAUGGCGAAAAGAGAAACCGAAAUCUCGUGACACAUCUUUGGACAAAUUACAAGGGACAGAGUCCCAAGUUAAGCCUUGGACCGAAGAAGCUAUAGUAUUAAAGAAAACUCCACAGAUACCUCGCGAAACACCGAGAGAAAAAUUGGAGGAAGUUGAAUUAAAACCAGCGAAAAUCGAGAAAAAAGAAAUUAGAAGAGCUAGUCUGGAAACUGUUGACUUGAAACAUGUUACGAAAGAAGUAACGAAGGAUGUGAGGACUGAAGAGAAGAUUUCUCGACUGGAAGAGACUACAGCAGAGACUUAUGCGGAAGAAGAAGACUCUAGAUUUAUUAAAACCACGAAGAAAGUGGACGAAACUGUUCAAAAGAGAAAGGAAGAGGCUAAACCUUGGACCGAAGAAAAGGUUACAUUGAAGAAAGCAAAACCUGACAGGAAAGAGAUUCCUAGAGAGACUAUAGAACCCGUGGAACUGAAACCUUCGCGGAUCGUUAAGAAGGAUAUUGAAAAACCUAGCUUGGAAAAAGUAGAUCUGAAAUCUGUUCCUACGACUGUGACUGAGAAAGUUACUGAAGAAAUUAUCUCGAAAACUGGUUACCUUGAACAGGAAGAUACAUCCAUGUUAGACGUGUCUAGAACCGAAGAGAUCAGAAAAAUAAAGAAGGAGAAGAUUGAAGAGAAGGUAGAACAGGCGAAGCCAUGGACGGAAGAAAAGAUCACCUUGAAGAAAUCUAAACCUAUAAGAAAAGAAGUUGAGAAAGAAACUAUAGAGACUGUGGAACUAAAGCCAUCCAAGGUGGAGAAACUUCCGAUUCGAAAACCGAGUGUGGAGAAGGUGGACUUGAAGCCUAUUCCAACGACAGUGACUGAGAAAGUCACUGAAAAAAUCACUGAAAAGACUGAAUACCUUGAACAGGAAGACACUUCUUUGUUAGACAUAUCGAAGACUGAAGAACUGAAGAAAUUGAGGAAAGAGAAAAUAGAAGAAAAGCCAGAAGGGCCUAAACCUUGGACCGAAGAGAAAGUGACGUUGAAGAAAGCGAAACCUGUGAAGAAAGAGGUUGAAAAGGAAACGAUAGAAACGGUAGAGUUGAAGCCAUCAAAGAUUAUAAAAUCUACGGUACGAAAAGAAAGUCUGGAAACAGUGGAUCUCAAAUCAGUCACGAAAGACGUCACAGAGAAGACAGUGAAAGAAGUCGUACACAAGACUGAUUACGUAGAACAAGAAGACAUGACGUUGCUUGAUGUUACCAAAGACACUCAAGUGAAGAAACUCAGAAAAGAGUCGAUUUCAACGGAGAAGGUUGAGCAACUUAAACCUUGGACUGAUGAGAAAAUAACUUUAAAGAGAACUAAACCUGACAAGAAGGAAAUACCCAAAGAACAAAUAGAGACAGUAGAAUUAAAACCUUCCAGGCCAGAAAAGGGAGAAAUUGAGAAACCAAGUCUUGAAGCAGUGGAUUUGAAACCAAUUCCCAAGAAGGAAGUAAAAGAAGUAUCUAAAAAGCCUGAAAGAAAAGACGUGCUCACCGAAGAGGAAGACACAUCCCUUCUUCGAGUCUCCAAAGACACAGAAACUACGAUCAAAAUUGAUAAACAGGUCAAGAAGAUAGAAGAAGUUGAAAAGAAACAGGAAACUAAACCUUGGACUGAGGAGAAAAUAACUUUGAAGAAGACUAAAGUUGAGCAAAGAGAAGUUCGUAGAGAAAGUCUGGAAGAAGUCACGCUGAAACCGACGAAAACGGAGAAGAGAGAAAUUAGGAAGGAAACUUUAGACAAAGUAGAUUUGCAGAAGGUGAAAGAUAAGACACAAUUCGUCGAAGAAGAAGAUACCAAGCUAUUAAAAAUCGACAAAGAUGAGAAAGUUGAGGAAGAGAAAACAGAAAGAGUAAAAACUUGGAGAAAAGAAAGGAAACCAAAAGAAAAAGCACCAUACCAGGAAGAAGAAGAUAAAACGAUCUUGGAUGUGAAGGAAGAUAUCGAGUCUGAAGAAAAACUGAAAGAAGUGCCAGUUCCUUGGGUCAGAGGUAAAAAGAAACCUAAAGAAAAGAUUCCUUAUCACGAAGAAGAGGACACUACUCUUCUCGACGUCGAAAAGACUGAAAAGACGACUGAAAAACAGGCAAAAGAAGAAGUGCCGGUGCCAUGGAUACGAGGGAAGAAGCCGAAGGAAGAGAAGCCGGAAGUUCCGCAAAAAGUUCAGCCUGAAGAAGAAGUACCUGUUCCAUGGGUACGAGGAAAGAAACUAAAAGAAAAGAAGCCGGACGUUCCGCAGAAACUUCAACCUGAAGAAGAAGUGCCUGUUCCAUGGGUACGAGGAAAGAAACUAAAAGAAGAGAAGCCGGAAGUUCCGCAAAAAGUUCAGCCUGAAGAAGAAGUACCUGUUCCAUGGAUACGAGGGAAGAAACUGAAGGAAGAGAAGCCGGAAGUUCCGCAGAAACUUCAUCCAGAAGUUCAACCUGAAGAGAAACCAGAGGAAGAAAAAGAGAAAUUGGAAAAGGUUCCAUGGCUUCGAGAUAAGAAGGUUCCGCGGAAGAUACCGGAAAGGAAAGAAGAACAGGUUGAAGAUAUUAAAUCAGUUGUAUUGAAGCCUACCAGACGUGAACGUGUACCAGAAGAACAGGAGAAACCGGAAGAAGUGACGCUGAAGCCUGUCAAACGCAUUCCACUUGAAGAUGAAAAGAAGGAGGAAGUGCAACUGAAACCCAUUCCGAAACGAAAGCCCGAAGAAAAGCCGAAAGAAGAGAUCAAAUUGAAGCCAUUCCAAAAACCGAAACCAGAAGAGAAGGAACAGGAGAAACCAGAACUGAAACCACUUGAAAAACGUAAAUCUGAAAUAAAAGAGGCUGAAAUUGAAGACUUUACAGCUGUUGUAUUAAAACCUACGAGGAAAGAUAGGAAGCCAGAAGAAAAGGUAGAAACAGAGGAAGUAACUUUGAAACCGAUUCAGAAAAUCUCCAAAGAGAAAGAAACAGCUGAAGAAAUAACGCUCAAACCAAUGGAGAAGCCUAAAGCAAUGGAGAAUGGAGAAGUUUUGGGAAAGAAGACAGAAUUACAAUGGCAACCCGGAAAGAAGCCAGCUAAGAAAAUAGUAGCAGAGGAGGAGAAACCAGAAGAACUGACAUUGAAACCUGUCAAGCGUCUUCCCAAGGAAGAAGUGGAGAAGGAAGAAGUUACUUUGAAACCAAUUAAGAAAGAGAAACCAGAAGAAGAAAAACCAGAAAUUAAGUUGAAACCUGUCAAGCUUUUGAAGAAACCAGAAGAAGAAAAACCAGAAGAGGUAUCAUUGAAGCCAGUUAAACGUCUUCCUAAGGAAGAGGUGGAGAAGGAAGAAAUUACUUUGAAACCAAUUAAGAAGGAGAAACCUGAAGAAGAGAAACCAGGAGUUACAUUAAAACCUGUCAGACGACUUCCCAAGCAAGAGGAGGAAAAACCGGAAGAAGUGACAUUGAAACCUGUGAAGCGUCUUCCCAAGGAAGAAGUGGAAAAGGAAGAAGUUAUUUUGAAACCAAUUAAGAAAGAGAAACCCGAAGAAGAAAAACCAGAAGUUAAGUUGAAGCCUGUUAAGCGACUUCCCAAGGAAGUGGAAGAGAAGCCUGAAGAAGUGACAUUAAAACCAGUCAAGCGUCUUCCUAAGGAAGAGGUGGAGAAGGAAGAAGUUACUUUGAAACCAAUUAAGAAGGAGAAACCUGAAGAAGAAAAACCAGAAGUUACGUUAAAACCUGUCAGGCAACUUCCCAAGCAAGAGGAGGAAAAACCGGAAGAAGUGACAUUAAAACCAGUCAAGCGUCUUCCUAAGGAAGAAGUGGAGAAGGAAGAAGUUACUUUGAAACCAAUUAAGAGAGAGAAACCGGAAGAAGAAAAACCAGACGUUAAGUUGAAACCUGUUAAGCGAAUUCCCAAGGAAGUGGAAGAAAAGCCUGAAGAAGUGACAUUAAAACCAGUCAAGCGUCUUCCUAAGGAAGAAGUGGAGAAGGAAGAAGUUACUUUGAAACCAAUUAAGAAGGAGAAACCAGAAGAGGAAAAACCAGAAGUUACGUUAAAACCUGUCAGGCGACUUCCCAAGGAAGAGGAGGAAAAACCGGAAGAAGUGACAUUAAAACCUGUCAAGCACCUUCCUAAGGAAGAGGUGGAGAAGGAAGAAGUUACUUUGAAACCAAUUAAGAAGGAGAAACCUGAAGAAGAAAAACCAGAAGUUACGUUAAAACCUGUCAGGCGACUUCCCAAACAAGAGGAGGAAAAACCGGAAGAAGUGACAUUGAAACCUGUCAAGCGUCUUCCCAAGGAAGAAGUGGAGAAGGAAGAAGUUACUUUGAAACCAAUUAAGAAGGAGAAACCAGAAGAAGAAAAACCAGAAGUUAAGUUGAAACCUGUUAAGCGACUUCCCAAGGAAGUGGAAGAAAAGCCUGAAGAAGUGACAUUAAAACCUGUCAAGCACCUUCCUAAGGAAGAGGUGGAGAAGGAAGAAGUUACUUUGAAACCAAUUAAGAAGGAGAAACCAGAAGAAGAAAAACCAGAAGUUAAGUUGAAACCUGUUAAGCGACUUCCCAAGGAAGUGGAAGAAAAGCCUGAAGAAGUGACAUUAAAACCAGUCAAGCGUCUUCCUAAGGAAGAAGUGGAGAAGGAAGAAGUUACUUUGAAACCAAUUAAGAAGGAGGAACCAGAAGAGGAAAAACCAGAAGUUACGUUAAAACCUGUCAGGCGACUUCCCAAGGAAGAGGAGGAAAAACCGGAAGAAGUGACAUUGAAACCUGUCAAGCGUCUUCCCAAGGAAGAAGUGGAGAAGGAAGAAGUUACUUUGAAACCAAUUAAGAAGGAGAAACCGGAAGAAGAAAAACCAGAAGUUAAGUUGAAACCUGUUAAGCGACUUCCCAAGGAAGUGGAAGAAAAGCCUGAAGAAGUGACAUUAAAACCAGUCAAGCGUCUUCCUAAGGAUGAAGUGGAGAAGGAAGAAGUUACUUUGAAACCAAUUAAGAAGGAGAAACCAGAAGAGGAAAAACCUGAAGUUAAGUUGAAACCUGUUAAGCGACUUCCGAAAGAAGUGGAAGAGAAACCUGAAGAAGUGACAUUAAAACCAAUCAAGCGUCUUCCUAAGGAAGAGGUGGAAAAGGAAGAAGUUACUUUGAAGCCAAUUAAGAAGGAGAAACCAGAAGAAGAAAAACCAGAAGUUAAGUUGAAACCUGUCAAGCCUUUGAAGAAACCAGAAGAAGAAAAGCCAGAAGAGGUAUCAUUGAAGCCAGUUAAACGUCUUCCUAAGGAAGAAGUGGAAAAGGAAGAAGUUACUUUGAAACCAAUUAAGAAAGAAAAACCAGAGGAGGAGAAACCAGAAGUUGCGUUAAAACCUGUUAAGCGACUUCCUAAGGAAGUAGAGGAGAAGCCAGAAGAAGUGACACUGAAACCUGUCAAGCGUCUUCCCAAGGAAGAAGUGGAGAAGGAAGAAGUUACUCUGAAACCAAUUAAGAAGGAGAAACCAGAGGAGGAAAAACCUGAAGUUAAAUUGAAACCUGUGAAGCAUUUGAAGAAACCAGAAGAAGAAAAGCCUGAAGAGAUAACAUUGAAGCCAGUUAAACGUCUUCCUAAAGAAGAGGAGGAAAAGGAAGAAGUGAUUCUGAAACCAAUAAAGAAGGAGAAGCCGGAGGAGGAGAAACCUGAAAUUAAAUUGAAACCUGUGAAAUUCUUGGAGAAACCAGAAGAGGAAAAACCUGAAGAAGUUACUUUAAAGCCCGUCAAGCGUCUUCCAAAGGAUGAGAAGAAACCAGAAGAAGUUAUUUUGAAACCUAUAGAAAAGGAGAAGCCGGAAGAAGAAAAGAAGCCAGAAGUUAAGCUGAAACCAGGUAAACCUAUCGAGAAACCAGAAGAGGAGAAACCGGAGGAAGUGAAAUUAAAACCGGUUCCGAAGCCGGCCCCUGAAAAAGUCGAAGAGAAACCUAAAGAAGAGGAAAAACCUGAAUCCAUAUUACCAUGGCGCGUUGGCAAAAAGGCGAAGAAGGUCGUCGAUUUCCGAGAAGAAGUCACAGUCGUACCGAUCGAUCAAGAGAAAGUGGUCUCUGAGGAAACGACGGUCGUGGAACAGAAAGUAGAAGCUAAAGAGAUAACUCAGGUGGUGGUUAAAGAGAUCGAAGAACAUAAACCUGUAGAAGCGCCCGUAAUUCCGUGGAGGACAUCGAAGAAAGAAAUGGUGAAAGAAGUCGUCGAAGAAAAAGUCGAAAUUGAAGAGAUCAAACCUGAAGUGGUACAUAAAGAAGAUACAGUAAUCGAAGAGAUUGUUGAAACAGAAGUCUCUAGGAUAAAGAAACGACGACCAAAGAAACCGGAAGAAGAGAAGGAAGUAGUCGAAUUGAAACCAGUCGAGAAACACGAAGAAUUCAUAGAAAAAGUAGAAGAAGUGGUUCUUAAACCAGUCAAGAAAGAAAAGGUAGAAGUAGUAGAAGAGAAAGAUGAGGUUCGUCUUAGACCGAUACCCAAGAAGCCACAGGAAAAGGAAGUACCCGAAGAGGUAACUCUGAAACCUAUCAAAAAGGAGAAACCCGAAGAGAAACCUAAGGAAGAAAAAGUACCAGAAUUGAAACCAGUGAAAUUAGAGAAACCAAAAGAGAUAGAAGAGAAGGAAGAAACAGUGGCUAAAAUACCAUGGAGGAAACCUAAAAAGAAACCAGAAGAGGUACCUGUACCUGUUCCUAUAGAAAAGGCAGAAGUGAUCGAUGAAACUGUUACCGUAGAAGAGGUUAGAGUGGAGGAGAAAGUUAAAGAUGUGGUCACGAAAGAUGUAGUCGAGGUCGAAACAAAGAUCAAAGAAGAAAAAGUGGAGGAUCGUAAGAGCAGACGCAAGCAGCGUACGCAAGUAGAAAUAUCCAUCACGGACAAAGACAAAAAGAUCGCUCCGAGGUUCAUUCAGAAGCUACAACCCGUUAUCGCGCAACCAGAAACAACCGCAGAAUUCACAUGUACAGUGUUCGGCAGUCCAUCCCCCGAAAUUACCUGGUACAGAAACGAGCAGGAGCUUCACGCCAGUGAGAAGUAUAUAAUGACCAUCUACGAAACGACAGCCUCGUUGGAGAUAACUAAGGUGAAAGAAGAGGAUGCCGGCAUGUAUUCUUGCAGAGCGUCAAAUCCUGCUGGAGUAGCCACGUCCACCGUGAAUCUCGUGAUAUUCGAAAAAGAGGAAGAAGGCGUAGCGCCACACUUCGCAACACCCAUUAAGCCUCUCAUGGUGGAAGAGCACAAACCAGCUCUACUUGAAUGUGUGGUCACUGGAACACCGGUGCCGGAAGUAAAAUGGUAUCGCGGAGAGCAAGAACUGAAACCUCAAAAGGGUAGAGAAAUCACCUUCAAUCCUGAAACCGGUGAAGCAAAAUUGCACAUAUUGGAGCCAAUGAAAGAGGACGAGACGAUUUAUCGCGUUCGAGCUGUUAAUAAAUUCGGUCGAGCCGAAUGCAGAGCUAAUUUGGUGAUCGGCACUGCGGUGAAGGUCACUAAACCGGAAGUUUUAAGAGCACCAAAAAUCACCAGGCCUUUACCAGCCUUGGUAGCCGAACUUGGAAAACCUCUAACUUUGUCAGCCGAUUUCGAGAGCAAACCAACGCCAACAGUGAAAUGGUUCCGCAAUGGAACUGAAAUUGUCCCAUCUGACAAACGAGUGAUAAAUAUUUAUGAAACUACCACUGAAUUAUAUAUUCCUGAGGUGACGAAGAAAGAUGGCGGGAAAUACGAGGUUAGAGUUCAAAAUCCUGUUGGAGAGGCGAGAAGUUCGGGCUCUGUUACGGUAAAAGAACGCGAGGACAAGACAGACGAAGUGAAAGCUCCGAGGUUUAUCGAGCCGCUACAACCACAGAUUGUCGCCGAAGGAGAGGUCGUGAUCAUGGAAACACGUGUUGAAUCCUAUCCGACGGCCUCCUUCCAGUGGUUCCACGAAACUCGUCCUCUGGAGUCCACGCCACAGGUAAGGAUUGUGACGCAAGAGAACAGAUCGAUCCUCAUGAUCAAGGAGAUCAAGCCCGAGUUCGCGGGCACGUACACCUGUCGCGCCGAAAACGUUGGCGGAUCAGUCACCUGCACAGCGACGAUAAAUAUGUUGGAGACACCAUGGGAAGAAACCGUUGAGCUUGUUUCACCGACGUUUGUUAAACGAUUGUCACCGGUCAGGGUCAUGGACGGUGAAAGCGCAAACCUGACGUGUAUCGUCCAAGGGAAACCUACGCCUAAAGUGGAAUGGUACCACGACAACAAACCUAUCAAAGAGGGCAAAGAGAUUACUAUUAUACAAGAUACGGAAGGUGUGUGCAGUUUGGCCAUAACCGAAGUAUUCCCUGAAGAUGCCGGAGAAUACACUUGUCGUGCCGUGAAUCCUGUUGGCGAGGCCGUUUGCAUGACGUCGCUUAUCGUGGAAGCAUACGAGUACGUACCAGAUUCGGAGAUUGCAUCCUCGAUCGUUGCGACGUCUCUUACUACAGGGCAGAGUGGUUCGGAAGAGGAUCUCUUAUCUCCCAAGGAAACUCCCUUGUUCGACACGGACACAGAGGAAUCUGCACCGGAGAUAAUAAAGAAACUUCCUCAGUUAAUUCCUACCAAAGUCGGAGAGUUAACCAGAUUGGAAGUGAAGGUCAAGGGAAAGCCGAAACCAGAAGGAAAAUGGUACAAGCAAGGCCAGGAGAUCAUGCCGUCCGAAGAAUUCCAAAUCGAGGAAUUCGACGAUGGCACGUCGAUAUUGACGAUAGCCGAAACGUAUCCCGACGACACGGGUGAGAUUGUGUUCGAAGUACACAAUCCACUCGGUGUAUCGACCACGAUGACGUACCUGUCUGUAGAAGGAAUCCUCGGAACAAAGGAGUACAGGAAACCAUCAUGGGUGGCCGAAAUGGAGGAGAUGCAAGAAGCUCUGAGAGCCACGCAAUCUGUACCACGAUUCAUCCAAGAGAUAACCGACGUUUAUGCGAGGGAAGGUGAAACCGCAGUGUUCGAAUGCAUAUACUCUGGCAAUCCUGCUCCAGACGUUGUAUGGUACAAGAAUGACAAGUUGGUCUCCAAUACCCAGAACGUGAAAGUUCGUAUCUCCGAUGAAGAGAAAAAGACAUCGCUAACGAUUAAACACGCAACCGAAGAAGACGAUGCUACUUAUGUGUGCAAAGCUACCAGUGAGAUAGGUUUGGCAACGACGAAAGCUAAACUACGCGUAACAGAUGUAACGGGUAAGACAGCAUUCUUUGACGAAGAAGAGGUGGUCGAAGAACAGGUGACUGAAGUUAAACCUAAGGAGAAACCGAAAAAGAAGAAGCCAGAGUUGAAGAAGGCUAAAGAGACGAAGGAGAAGGUGAAAACCGAACGUGUGAAGAUAGACAAGAAGGAAGUGCGCAAAGAGAAGCUGGUUCCUAAAGAACAACCAGAGGAAAAGAAAAUUGUCGACGUCGAAGAGACUCAGGUACUCGAAACGACAGAGAUUAUUGAAGAACAACCAACAGAGAUAUCACGAGCGAAGAAAGUGGUGCCGAUCCAAGAGCCGCUAGUGACGGAAGCAACCGCGUCGCUGAAGAAGAUCGACGAUCAGAAGGCGCGCGAAAUGGUACCAAAGCCUGAGGAACGUGCAAAACGGGUGGUGGAGGAACGCGAAGGCGUAGUCGUCGUCUCAGAAGUGGCCACGGAAGAUAUAGCGCAAGAUUUCACAGUGGAAUCGGUGGUCGAUCGCGCUGAAAUCACGUCGGAAACCCUGCAAACCGUCUCUGUGUCGGAGGUGCACACUGAAGCCGGUGUCCAAGAGAUGAAACGAAUCGAGGCCAAACAACGAAAAGCAAAGAAAACAGUGGUAACCGAAGAAGAAAUAUUCGAAGAGAAGCCCAGAGAAGUAAUCACGGAGGAAAAACCGAAAAAGAAGAAGAAAGAAAAGGUGAAGGUGAAAGAAGAAGUGACGAUCGAGGAAAUCGUAGAAAGACAAAGAGAGAAUAUCGCGAGAGAGGUGGAGGAAAUUAUGGAGAUGCUUCACGCGAAAGAAUUUGGACCUGGCGAAGCUCCUCUUCGAGAAUUGGCUACUAUCGGCUUCUUGGUGCGCCAAGGUGUCUCCGUCAACGAGAUAAACGAGAGUCUGUACAGGACGGACAAUUUCCCUGCGUUGAAAACCCCCGAGGCUCAGAAUGCGCUGGUUCAAUUAGUGGAACGAGAAGGUCAUGGUCCAUUGAUCACGCAGGUUCUGACGGAGGAAACGACCACCGACGAAAGCGUAGUGGCCGCUACCGUUGGCUUCCGUGCUUUUAUGAGGAUGAUCGAGCUGCAACACGUUACCGUGGAGGAAGUGCUCACGCACUUCGCUCCGGAGGACUUCCGGCCGCGUGCUUGGGAGGUUACAGAAGCUACGGAAGUUGAAACGGAUGGACGAGUUACGGAACGAGUAGAUAUGAUCCACAAAAUGGAGGUCCAUUUCAUGGAGAGGAGGGACGAAAGAAAAGCCAUCCGCGCGCAGGAUAUUCGUGACAUAAAAGAAUACGAGGACACACGGCAGGCAUACACGACACUGCACGAACGAAAAGUAACAAAACCAAAGGAACAAAUCGAGGAGAAAAAGGAAGAUAGGGACGAGGGGGUUCAAGUUGUAGAAAUCGAGGAGAUCGAAGAGACUGAAAAGAAGAAGAAGAAGAAAAAGGACGUGGAAGAAAUUGAGGAAGAAAUCGAAACGAUCGUUAUUGAAACAGACUCGAAGGGCAGGGCUCAAAAACAAAAGAAACGCGAUGAUUUAGAGAAACAGGUUGUAGAGGAAGAAGAAGAAGAAAUAGUAGAAAAAGUGAGAAAAGAAUUGAAACCUAAACGACCAACGGUUGGAAAAGACGAGGUUGAGCUGGAAGAAAUCGAGGAAUUCGAAGUGACAAAAGAUAAAUCAAUGCCUUCGAUCAUGUUAAACGUUUCUAGCCAAAGACAUCAAAUAAUACCUUUAGAUCGUACUAUUGAACAAGCACCUGGAAAACCAGAAUUAGAGAAAGCUAAAUUAACUAUGGACACGAUUACCCCAUUAACCGAGCACUUGGUCCCCGUUCAGGAAAAAGAAAUCGACGAUAUAACUCAAAUUAAACCCAUUGAACGUAAAGCUUCCUUAUCUAUUUCACCGGUAGAACCUUAUUCUACAACAGAAACAACAAUUCAAGCUUCCACUGGCGAGUUUGCUGAUACGUUCAAACCUACAUCCUACGAAGCAACGCCAGCUUUCGUUCCAUCCGAAGGUUUAAUCGUCAGUGAGACCUUGACCAACGAUGCUAAUCUAUCCACUUUAACUAUAGACAAACAAGAAGUCAGUAGAACUGCGGACGUUAGCAUGACUCUUCAAGAAGCUACUACCGUGUAUGAAACCAUGGUAAGUCAAAAGGAAGCUCCAACGAAAGACUUUGUGUCGCCAUUGACAGUCAAAGCAGAAGACACUAUUCUACCUCAAGUAGGCUUAUCAGUCUAUGAAGUUCAAGAAGGAUUGUCAGAAGACAAAUUAGAACCAUUAAAGACUGUACCAACUAAACCCAGAAUAAACGUGACAGCAGUUGAACCAUUGGUUGUCGAAGAAGUUCGAGCAGAAGAUAAACCAGGAAAGUAUUACCCAGAACUGGUAGUUCCUACAGAAGUCGCCACAGAAACUGUCAUUCCGCAACGACAACGAGUCACAGAAGAAAUGCAUGCUCCUGAGAAAGAAGGUGAAUAUGUUCCAGGUAGAUUACCACCUAGUCAGAAAGCACAAAUAGGAAUAUCUUAUGGAAACGAAACAGCAAUUAUCCAACAGAAUGUUGUUCAGGAAAGUGAGGGAGUGUUUAUUUCUGAGAGGAAAACCGAUACAUUCGAGGCUACUCCAAAUGUAACUCUGUUAGAAGGAGUUUCUGUAUCAACUGUUCAAACGCAAGACACAGAGACUCGUUUGACAAUUGAAGAGACGAAGAAGGCUGUUGCUGAUUUAAAUGUAGUCGAGAUUACAUCAGCUGUGACAGUGGAGACUGUCCCAUCUGAGAAAGAGAAAGAGUAUCAACCGGGAGACAAACCAACUACCAAGACAGCAGAGACAUCAAUAUCUCCAUUAGAAAUUGGAUCUAUCACGAGUACACUUAUUCAAGAGUCUGAGGGUAUUUAUCAUCCAGAUCAGAAACCUACGAAAGUAUUAGCGGAGACUUCUAUCAGACCUGAAGAACAUGUGAUGGUGUCAGAAAUCCAGACAGCAGAUUACCCGUCAGAUUUCAAGGAAGAGUUGAAAUACGUGGAAGAAAGUGGAACAGUGGCUGUGCAGUUGACAGAAGCUAAGAUGAUCCAAGAAACCAUGACUCACGAUCGUGAAGCAAAGAUGGAUGAAAUAGUCAAACCCGAAGAACGUAUAGUAGAAACUAGUUACGACGCUAUUAGAAGCGUUGAAGUGUUCCAAACUACGUCUAUAGAAAAGGAAGCUGAUCUUAAAAUCUUUGAAAUGCCAGAAUCUCAUCGUGGCAAGACAGUACCUACUCAUCCUGUAGUUUCGUUAGAGGUUGAGAUGAUUCAACCAGAAGAUAAUGUAGGUGUUAUCAAGAAAGAAGUUCCAUCUUCUGGCAUAGCUAAAAUAGAACCCAUUGGAUUACAAGAGACUGUAGUGCGAGAGACAAUUGCAGCAGAAGACGUAGCACCUGUUGAAAAGGACAAAGCACCCGAAUCAAAGACGGCUGAAGUUACAAUGAACGAAAUAGAAAGCGUUCAUACUACUAUGGUAAUCGCUAGCGAGAGAGAAGCUGAAUAUACACAAGUAUCUGAAAUUAAGGGAGCUUAUGCUAGCACAGAAUUUACUACACAAGUCGCACCAGUGUUCGAAGAAGUCAGAACUCAUUCACCAACUGGAGAAUACGUGCCUGAAGAGAAGCCAGCUUCUGGUGUAGCUCAACCAUCGCAUGUUCCACUAGAGAGCGUAACUGUAGCCAUGCAACAGUUAGCAGAGAAAGAAGAUUUGUAUAAAACUGACGUACAGCCAGACCAGAAGACUGCAAUUGUGGAAUUGACUGAACCCAGACCUGGCCCAACUGUCUUGGAGGUUAUUCCCCACGAUCGUGAGAAUGUUUAUAGUCCUGACGUGAAGCCACAGGAUUAUACUGCUCAGACAUUGGUGUCCGGUCACACAGUUGCAUUAAAAUCAGAAACUUUAGUGGAGCAAAGCACCGCUGAUAUGAGUAUCGACACACCUAAAUCUGGAAAGGCUAUUCCACAAAGAGAUGCUUUGGAAGAAUUGGUUAUCACAGAGACAACUAUUGCUGAAACAGAAAAAACGAGAGAAGCAGAUGUUUUGCCAAUUACUCAGAGUGCUGAAGUUGAAAUUCAGAUGAAGACUGAGAAAUUAACAGUCACUGAGAUAACCAGUGUCCAGGAAGAAGAAAAGUUGGAAGUGGAAGAGAUACCAAAAGAAAGAAAGGUUACUUUAGGAAUCACUGGAGGACACGAGGUUGCUGAGUUACAGGAGACAAUUCUUGCGAGCAAUGUAGAUAUUCUGAAAGAAGACAAGACAAAGGAAGAACAUGCUAGUCAACAACAGAGUGGAUUGGAAGUCGUUGAACAGACAGAGAUAUCUAUUUCUGAGAAAGAGUCGCCUCUCCAAGAAGAUAUAAAACCUGAUACUAAGAACAUUGAAGUCACUUUUGAAGAAGGUCAAAGUAUCGUGGUAGGUAUAACGUAUCCAGAAGACAAGGAGGGAAUAUUCACUCGAGAAGAAAAACCUAAAGGCGUAGAAGCUACCGUAGACAUCGACACACAAGGAGUAGCAUCCAAAUUGGAAAUCCUUAGUGACACAAGCUUAAGUGAUCUACCACAUGAAGCGGUUCAAGAAAUGAAACCAAAAACCACGAUAUUACCUAUCGAAGCUGCAAUUGCCGAAGAAGUACAGACCAGAGAGACAGAAGCACCAUUCAGUGAGAUUAAACCCUCUGAUAAGAAAGCGAAUCUUGAAUUUGUGACAGGAGAAGGUUUAAUUGUUUCAGCAGUUACUACCGAAGAUAAAGAAAGUCUGCUUCCAGAAAGUGAGAAACCAGAGAUCAAAACAGCUAGCUUCGAUAUUCCCACACAUAUUGUCGCUCAGAGUAGUGAGACCACUACGACAGAUAACGUGGGCGAAUUUGAACGCAAAGAGGCACCUACGGCAACAGCUACAACAGAUCAUAUUACUUUCCACAGUUUAAUUGCUUCUGAGACGGCUCCUGGUGAUCUAGAAAAGCCUAUGGAAGACUUUGUACAACCAGAUAAAAAAGUAGUAGAUAUUUCAUUCCAGGAAGAAGAAGGAAUUACGGUAAUUGAGACCAUUGCUUCAGAUAUGGAGAAGGAAUACUUCGAGAAGCUAGAGAUCCAUGGUGAACAAGCUGUACCUAGUUUCGAUGCUCAUAAAGUGGCUCAGCUGACAGAGAUCAAUCCAGCUGCUGUUUCUGGAGACUUAACUGUGCCUGCACCAACCACAGUCGCAGCCAAAGAAGAACGAUUGCCAUUCGAAAGCAUCGUUCAAACUGAGACGGUUGUGUCUGAGACUGAGAAAGAAUUCAUGGACAAACCUGUAAUCACCAACAAAGCAGAAAUAUCUAUCAAUGAAAUCAUCAGUGCUACUACCACUACUGAAAUUCCAGCUGAUAAAGAAGAUAUUCUCAAAAUUCCUGAGAAACCGACUGAAAAACAGGCUAGUGUUCAGUUUGCUGGUCACGUGAUCGCUGAGAAGACAGAGGUGACUGUAGAUUCUAGUGCUGGAAAAUUGGAAGAGGUAAAACCAGUUUCAGCAGCAGCAAUGCCAUCUAGUAUUCCUCUGGAAGCUUUAAUUAGCUCAGAAACACAACCAACUGAAGCUGAAGGAUUGUUUAAUAAGGAUAAAGCGCCAUUGCAAGCUCUGGCUGACAUGUCUCUAGUGGAAGAACAGAGUAUACAGGUGUCAACCGUGGUUUUGGAAGAUAAAGAGGAAGAAUAUAAGUCUAAAGAGCUUCCAGAGAUGAGGACAGCUGGGAAGAGUUUGGUUUCUGGUCACGUAGUCGCAGAAACAACUGUGCAAGUUGCAGAUUUUAGCACAGGCGAAUUUGUUGAGGAGAAACCAUCAGGUGCUACUGCAAUGCCAGAACAUGUUCCAUUUACUUCGUUAAUUGAGUCUCAGACUAUUGUUCAAGAAAGUGAAGACAAAUUUAUACCAGGACAAUUACCAGAAGAUAAGAGAGCUAUUGUAGAUCUUGAGGAAGGUAGAAAGAUCGUGACUGUAUCUCAAGUAACUCCUGCAGACAAAGAAUCUUUAUAUAUUUCUGAAGAACAACCAUCCAAACAUGCAGCUUCUGUUGGAUUAGACACCACUCAUGCAAUUGCUGAAACUACUACUAUCUCUGUUGAAGAUUCAGUAGCAGAAGUGAAGGUAGACAAACCAGAUACUAAAAAGGCACUCCCCAGUCAAGAAGUAUAUCAAAGUUUACAAGUCACUCAAGAUAUCGUUCAAGAUCAAGAAAAUAUUUUCGAAGGAAAAUUCAAGCCGGAAGUUCAGAAGGUACAAGUGUCUAUCGAAGAAGGUAAACGUGUGACUACUGUGACUGAAGUCAGCGCAGCUGAUAAGGAAGAGAUAUUAAAAACUGUUCAAGAAGAGAAAACACGAUCGGCAGUGCCAGCUAUCGUUUCCGGACAUGAAGUGGCGGAAAGAUCAGAGGUUAUUCCACAGAUAAGUACUGGAGAUGUGGACAUUAUCAAACCUAUCACGGCAACAGCACAAGUAGGCCAGAAACCAUUCGAAACAAUCGAAAUGACGGAACAAAUCCUAGCAGAAAAAGAAGUAGAUAAGGUUGAAGAAAUAUCGAUGCAGAAGACUAGUGCACGUGUAACAAUAGAUGAGAACAGGUUUAUUGCUAUAACAGAAGCAACUACAGCUCAAGAUGGUGAAGUAGAACUAUCAGCCACGAAGAAACCUCGCGAGGAAGUAGCAAAACCAGCGAUGGAAGGCAAAGAAGUCGCUGAACAGAUGGAAGUAAAUCUCAGAGAGGGACUUGGACAUCUUCCUGAAGCUCCAAAACCGACGACAUUUGAAGCUCAUUCUAUUCAAACUAUGCUGGAGAGCGUUGAUAUUAGUGAAACAGUUCCGCAAGAACAUAGUGCGAUAUUCGAGGAGAAGAUGAAGUUGGAUGAACAUAGCGCGAAAGUGAGCUUCGUGGAAGGAAAGAGUGUCACGGUUUCUCAUGUAAUCACUCAGGAUAAGGAAGACACUAUGACCAUACAGAAACGUGAAGAGAGCACUGCAGAGGUUACUUUGACGAAGGUUGGAAUGGACGUGGCGCAGAAGGCUCAGGUAUUUGUCGAACAGAGCACUGGUGCUGUUCAGCCCUUAGAGAAACGCGAAGUUAAAGCUCAUCCUAAACAAGAUGCUUUAGAACCUAUAAUUAUUGAAGAUAUUCCAAGCGCAGAGAGUGAAGGAAUAUUUGAUAAAUAUCCAAAAACAAUUUCGUCGAUUGCUGUGCCCACGUUUGAGGAAGGUCACGGAAUAUCUGUGACAGAAGUGACAUCAGCCGAGGUUGAGUCUCUAUUGAAGGAGAAGAAAUUGGAAGCUGCUCAGACAGCUAGUAGUACAAUCAUCACAGAACGUAAUAUUAUCGAGACCACUACCGUUGAAUCUCAAGUUAAUAUGCCAGAUAAAGUAAAGGAUAUUACCAUACAACCUCAAGUAGCUGUUCCUGGACAAGACACGUUUGAAAGUAUCAUUGUGAGUCAGAAUAUAGUUGAAGAAAGUGAACGUUCGUUCGAAGGCGUGUUCAAACCUCAAACUCAAAAAGCAGAUAUAGAUAUACAGAAAAUGACGCCUCUUCAAAUUUCGGAGACUAUUACAGAAGACAAAGAGAGUGUCUUUGAUGUAGCACCCAAGAGAGAAGGAGUUAUAGCCACUCAAGAUAUCAGUCUUCAUGAAACUGUAGUUGGAUCGUUAGUGGAGAGUAUUCAGAGUACUCAAGAGAUCCACGAAGAGAAACGAGUAUCUUCUCAAGCCACGAUGACGCAGACUGUCAUAGAGACAGCUGUUAAAAUGGAGACGACGACCGGUGAACGCGAAGAGACAUUUGAAGGGAAAUUCAAACCCGAAGAACAAAAAGGAAAACCUCAGAUGGAAGGACUUACCACUGUUACAGUUACUGAAGUAGUUUCUAAUGAAAUUGAAGACAUUUUGCCUGCAACUGUUGCACCUAAAGGACAGCAAGCUCAGCCUAGUUUAACUGGCAGAGAAGUUCCUGAAGUAACGCAGAUAGUCACUGGAGCAACCACUGAAGAAUUCGAAAAAGUAACUCAAUUAAAGGAACAACAAGGUAAAAUGGAAGUAGAAGAAUUGUCUUCGGUAACAAUUUCUGAAGUAAUUUCCAACGAAACGGAGGACAUAUUCACUACCAAGUUUAUGCCUAAAGAUCAAAAGGCGGAGUUCAACAUAUUAGGCCGAGAAGCUGCAGAAACAUCUGAAGUGACCACCAUAACCGAAGCUGAAGAUCUUGCAAUGAAACGUCCUGAAGAACAGAAAGGAAAACCAAAAUUGGACGAACUGACUCCACUUACAAUUUCUCAUGUUGUAUCUGAAGAAGCUGAGGAAGCACUACCAACAGCGGAAGUUCCAAAAGAGAAGACAGCGCAGCCUAGUCUAAUAGGAAGAGACGUAGCACAAACUAUGCAGGUGUUGACUGUUGCCAGUGUAGAAGAACUUGUAGCACCCAAAGCACCAGAAGAACAAAAAGGAAAACCGCAAGUUGAAGAAUUAGCUCCUUUGACAGUUUCACAGGUGGUUUCUCAAGAAGCAGAGGAAGCUUUGCCUGCGCCGGAAAUUCCAGUUGAAAGAGAGGCACAGCCAAGCAUGAUAGGCAGAGACGUGGCACAGACUAUGGAAGUUUUGACUAUGGCGAAUGUUGAUACAUUGGCUGAAGAUAAGAAGCCUGGAGAACAGAAAGGAGUUCCUGGUUUGGAAGAAUUUGUGUCUCUGUCAAUAUCACAGACAGUUUCUACCGAGAUGGAGGACUUGUUACCUAGUCCUGAAGUGCCUACAGAAAAAAUGGCACAGCCAAGUUUACUAGGUCGUGAUGUAGCAGAAACCACACAAAUUUUGACUAUGAUGGCAGCGGAGGAACUAAGAGCUGAGCAUGCACCGGAACAACAGAAAGGAAAACCAAAUGUAGAAGAACUGACUUCUGUUACAGUUUCUCAGACUGUCUCGCACGAGACUGAAGAGACGUUAGAGAAACAAGUAGCACCUAGCACAGCGACUGCUAAGCCUGCUUUUACGGGAAGAGAAGUUGCCGAGACCAGUCAAAUUCUUACUGUGACGAAUGUAGAAGAAUUAGAAAAGCACAUAUUACCUGAAGGACAAAAAGUAAAACCACGAUUAGACGAACUUACGUCUAUAACAGUUUCUCAAGUAAUGUCUAGUGAAUUGGAGGAUACUCUGCCAUCUCCCGAAAAACCAAGUGAGAAAAUUGCUCAGCCACAGAUGACUGGCAGAGAGGUAGCUGAGAAAACCGAAGUCUUAACUGUGACGAAUGUCGAGGAGUUGCAGAAGUUGGAUAAGCCUGAGAGUCAGAAGGGUAGACCAGAUGUGGAAGAGCUCAGCUUCCUCACUGUUUCAGAAGUGGUAUCAACAGAAGCUGAGAAGGAAUUACCAGCUCCAGAAGCUCCUAAAGAACGCAAGGCACAUCCACAGUUAGAUAGUAUUGAAGUCGCAGAGACCUCAGAAAUAUUAACUAUGAUCAGUGCUCAAGAACUUCUUAAACCAAAAGUACCAGAAGAGCAAAAAGGAAAGCCUCAAUUAGAAGAGUUGCUUUCCUUAUCAGUAUCAGAAGUCGCGUUUGGUGAAGCAGAGCAGGGUCUUCCAACUCCUGACGAACCUACCGCUCAAACAGCCAAACCUAGUCUACUAGGUAUCCAGGUUGCUCAGAAAUCUCAAGUAAUUACAUCAGUUAUAGCUAAAGAGUUACAAGAAACUACCAAACCAGAUACCAAACAAAUAAUUCCUGAACAAAUUCCAUUCGAAAGUAUAGAACAAAUACAGCCAAUAACCCAAGAAAGCGAAGACACGUUUAUCGUAGAAAAGACAGCUAAGUCAGCUACAGCAGAAAUGUCAUUCCGUGUGUCUGAGAGUGUCGAAAUAACUCAAGUGACGGCCACGGAACAAGAGUCAAAGGAAGUCAUAAAAGGCAUUGCUAAAGAAGUUUCAGCUCAACCUGAUGUGAUUAAACACGAAGUAGCUGUGAAAACUGAAAUUCAGCCAGCUGAUGCAGCUGGUGAAUUUAAAGUAACUAGACCAGAGAAAAAGAUAGCCAAAGGUGUAGAAGAAAUUCAACAAGGUGUGAUCGUAACAGAGCCAUUGAGCUCUGGUGAGAUCGAGUCAGAAAUGCCCGAGUCUGUAUUACCUUUCGCGAAGUUAGCGAGCGUUACUAUCGAGGCAGAACACCUGGAACACGUUAUGGAUGUCACGGAAGAAGUGGUUGAAAAGGAAAUCAUCGAGGAAGUCAAACCUAUCAAAAAGAUUAUCAAGAAGAGGAAGCCAGUGCCGGGUAAAGACGAAGUAACAGAGGAAGUCGUGGAAGAGAUAAUAAUAGAGCAACCGCAAGAAGAAGAAGCUCGACCGAUCAUAGAAGAAGUAGAAACAGUGACGAUCACUGAACACGAUGUACGAAAAGCUCCAAAGAAGAAGAAGGAGGUGGUCAUCAAAGAGGAAGAAGAAAUCUUCGAAACAAUCGAAACACCCACCCAGAAAAUAAUUCGAAAGAAGAUUCGUCCAAUGAAGAAAGGAGAGGAAGAGAUCGUGGUGGAAGAGAUAAUUCAGAAGCCACUAGAAGAAAUAACCAAAAUGGAGGAAGAACAAAUAGUAGAAGUUGUUGAAACACCCACUAAGAAAGUAGUAAAAAAGAAGAAAGCUAUAGUGAAAGAUGACGGUGUUCCUGAAGAGAUCGUUGAAGAAAUUAUUAUCGAAAAGCCACAAAAAGAAAAAGCGAAACCUAAGGUAGAAGAAGGAAAAGAAACGGUUAAAGUAACAAAGGUUGAUCUGAAAAAAGCACCGAAGAAACCUGAAGAGGUAGUAGAAGAAGAAGAAGAGAUCAUUGAAACAAUUGAGACACCAACAAAGAAGAUCGUUCGAAAGAAACCUAAAGAUAAGAAGGAAAAGGUAGUGGAAGAAGUUAUACAGAAGACCAUAGAGGAAGCAAAAGCCAUGGAGGAAAGCGAAAUCGUAGAAAUCAUUGAAACACCAUCGAAGAAAAUAAUCAAGAAGAAAAAAGCUACAAUCACAGAAGGCAAAGCUCCUGAGGAGCAAAUCGAAGAGAUCGUGAUUGAGAAACCUGUUAAAGAAAAAGCCAAAAAGAAGAUUCUACCAAAAGAAGGUUUGGAAAUCACUGAAAUUAUUACCGAAACUUCUGUCGAGGAGUUGCUUGAGGAGAAGGCUAAACCUGAAGAAGCCAAACCCUCGGAAGUGGAAGAAGAAAAGGCAGAAGUUACAAAGGUAGAAGUAAAGAAAGUGCCAAAGAAGAAGAAGAAACCAGUUACAGCCCUUGAAGCCGAAGAGAAGGACGAAGCUGUGGAAGAAAUAAAAACUGAGGUACCUAAAGAAGAAAAGGCGAAACCAACUGUUAUAGAGAAAGAAGGUGUUGAAGUGACUGAAGUGAUUUCUGAAGUGACCACGGAGAAACUUCCUGAAGAGGUUAAACCUAAAAAGAAGAAAGCUACUGAGAUUAAGGAGAUAGAAGAAAAGGUGAUCAAAAAAGAGGUUAAAGUGAAGGAAGCACCGAAAGAAGGUGUGCCUGAAACUGAAGAACAACCAGAGGAAGAAGUACAAGAACUUGUAACUGAGAAACCAAAGAAGAUUAAAGCCAAGAAAGAAAUUACGCCUCAAGAUGGUAUUAUAACCACUGAAGUUAUUUCUACAACUGCGGAAGAAGAAUUACAAGUGCAGAAACCAGAAGAAGAUAAGGCUAAAAUAAUCGAAGAGAAGGAAGAGAAAGCAGAAGUAGAAGAAAAGAAGGUUACUGUAAAGAAGGCUCCUAAGAAGAAAUUAACACCGAAGGAAGUUGAAGAGGAACAAGUGGAGGAAGUUGUGGAAGAGAUUACAGCGGAAGAACCAAAGAAAAGGAAAGCUAAGAAGACGGUCCUUCCAAAGGAAGAGUUAGAAACGACUGAAGUGGUUACUGAGAUUACUACAGAAGAAAUAAAAGAAGAGAAGCCAAGGGAAGAGAAGGCUGUUCCUAAAGAGGAAGAAAAGGUUGAAGAAGAGGCAACGGUUACCGAGGUUUCUGUGAAGAAGGUACCUAAGAAGAAGAAAAAGGAGGAAGUUGUGACAAACGGUGAAGUGAUUGAAGAAAAACCGAAAGUGAAGGAAAUUCCUGAAGAGAAGCCGGAAGUAAAGGAAGAAGUGAAGGAAGAAAAGCCAAAGGAAAAGAAACCAAAGAAAGAGGAAGUGGCAGAAGAAAAACCAGAGGAAGUGAAACCAGAAGAAGAAAGAGCAAAAGAAGUGGAAACGAAGGAAGAGAAACCAAAAGAGAAACCAAAGAAGAAGAAAAUCACAGUAGAAAAGAAACCCACCGUUGUAGAAGAGGAACAACUCGAGGAGAAGAUAGAAGAAAUACCAGAGGAGAAGCCAAAGAUGGUCAAGGCCAAGAAGGAGAUUAUUCCAAAGGAUACCGUCGAAACCACAGAAGUUGUCCCAGAAACAGUUGCUGAAGAAAUACCAACAAGAAAACCUGAAGAACGCAAGGCUGUACCAGUCGAAGAGAAACUGAAAGAAGAAGUAGUAAUCGAAGAGGUUCCUAUAGAAAAAGUUUCGAAAGAGGAAAAGGAAGAAAAACCAGAAGAGAAACCAGAAGAAGUUCCUGAGAAACCAAAGGAAGCAAAGGUUGUGAAGAAGAAAAAGAAGAAGAUAGUGAAGAAAGAUGAAAUCGAAGAAUGGGUCGAACCGGAGUACGAACGACCUGUACUGGAACCCAUGCCUGAGAAGAUUCAAUGGGAACCAAAGAAAAAGAAGGAGAAAAAACCUUUACCAGAAUCUUUGCAAAAAUUGGUUCCUCAAAAAAUUGAAAGAAAAGAGAUCAAACCCACGAAGCUCAAAUACUCAGAACCGGCAGAAACCGUUCAGUUCGCUGCGAUCAAAUUGAAGAAAGUGACAGUUUCGAAGAAGAAAGGAGUCGAAGAAGCCAAAUUCCCGAAGAUCAUGUUACGAAGCAGACUUACAUUCGUCGGUGAUUAUCCACCUGAAAUUCAAUAUCCAAAGAUAACAGAACUAGAAGAGAAUCCGGUUCAAUCUGGUAUUCUGUCUAGAAACACGGAGGAAGCUCUGGAAGUGCUGAAGCGAAAGGUGAAGAAGGUUAAACUUCCUAAGAAAGAAAUUACAGAAUUGGAAAAAUUGGAUCAAGAAUUCGAAGAAUUGAAGAAGGUACCUUUGGAGAAAAUGGAAGAUAAAUCGAUAUACGAGCGUCCGCCAAAGAAGCCUGCAGAAAAACCAGAAGAGCCACAGAAGUUGGUCGUUGGCAAAGGCAAGGUGCCUGAAGAAGAAAAGGUGGAACCUGAAAAGGUAAAAUUAAAGAAGGUUCCUGAAAAGAAACCAGAAGAAAUUGAAGAACCAUUGAAGAAACCACCCAAACCAGUACCUGAAGAGGAAGUGAAACCAGAGAAAAAAGAAAAACCAAAGGUAAAAUUAGAACACGAUGAGUUAAAGCCUUUGGAUUUCGAGAGACCAGAACUGGAGAAAUAUGAACCAGAGAAAUACGAAGAACCAGAAAAACCAGCACCAGAUUCAGUUCCAAAACCAUACGAACCGGAAGCGAAGAAGAAACCAGAUCAAGAGAUCGAACAGAUUCCGUUGAUAAAGGGAAAACCGAAACCACAAGAGCCUGAUAAAGAACCUGAAGUUAAGUUCAGAAUACCUCAAAAAGACAAGCCAGAAGAGGAACCAGAGAAGAUAACGUUAAAGGGCUGGAAAAAAGACAAACCUGAGGAGGAAGGUGUGGAAGAGUUCCCAGCGAAGGAAGAAGACGAAGCUCCUAAAGCACCCAAAGAAGAACUUGAAGAAAUCACUGUGAAGCGUAAAGUGAAACCAAAGAAACCCAAAGAAAAGGUUCCUGAGGAAGAAGAGGUAACGCUGAAGGAGCCCGAAAAGAAAAAACCAGAGGAAGUUCCAGAAGUAGUAGAGGAUAUCACAUUGAAAAAAGAACCAGAGAAACCUAUUGAAGAAGCUCCUGCUGAACUUACCAUCAAGAAGCCAGUUUCGAAGGAGAAAGAAGUACAAGAAGAAGAAAUAGUGACUGAAGUGACGUUAAAGAAGAAACCGGAAAAGCCUGAAGAAGUGGUUGAAGAAGCAAUUGUGAAGAAGCCAAAGAAAAAGAAGUCUGUAAAAGAAGAAGAGGCUGUUGAAAUUACAAUAAAAAAGAAAGAGGAAGUGGAAGAAGAAAUUAAAGAAGACGUUGUUAUAAAGAAGAAGCCAGACGAGAAGGCGCCUGCGGAAGUGGUUGAAGAAGUCAUUUUGAAAAAACCAGAAGAAAAAGCUGCUGAAGAAGUAACUGAGGAAAUAAAGAAACCUAAAAGGAAGAAACCUGUGGAGGAAGAAGCUGCAGACGAAGUCACUAUUAAGAAACCAGUUGUGGAAGAAAAGAAGGAAGAAGACGUUCCUGAACAGGUAACGCUGAAGAAGAAGAAACCAAAGGAAAAACCGGUCCCAGAAGAAGUAACCGAAGAAGUUACACUGAAACCGGUUCCCAAAGAAGAAGAAAAGGCACCAGAGGAAGCAACUGAGAAAGUGGAAAUCAAGAAACCUAAGAAGAAAAAGCCAGUGGUCGAAGAAGCUGCCGAUGAAGUUACUAUAAAGAAACCAGUGCCAGUAGAAAAGGAAGAAGAAGAAAUUAUAGAAGAAGUAACAUUGAAGAAGAAGAAACCAAAAGAGAAACCGGUUCCAGAAGAAGUGAUUGAAGAAGUUACACUGAAACCAGUUCCUAAAGAAGAAGAAAAGGCACCAGAGGAAGUAACUGAGAAAUUGGAGGUGAAGAAACCUAAAGAGAAGAAACCAGUAGUGGAAGAAGCUGCCGAUGAAGUUACUAUCAAGAAACCGGUUCCAAUAGAAAAGGAAGAAGAAGAAGUUAUAGAAGAAGUAACAUUUAAGAAGAAGAAACCAAAGAAGAAACCGGUUCCAGAAGAAGUGAUUGAAGAAGUUACAUUGAAACCAGUUCCGAAAGAAGAAGAAAAAGCACCAGAGGAAGUAACUGAGAAAGUGGAAGUGAAAAAACCUAAGGAGAAGAAACCAGUGGUGGAAGAAGCUGCCGAUGAAGUUACUAUCAAGAAACCGGUGCCAGUAGAAAAGGAAGAAGAAGAAAUUAUAGAAGAAGUAACAUUUAAGAAGAAGAAACCAAAGGAGAAACCGGUUCCAGAAGAAGUGAUUGAAGAAGUUACAUUGAAACCAGUUCCGAAAGAAGAAGAAAAGGCACCAGAGGAAGUAACUGAGAAAGUGGAGGUGAAGAAACCUAAGGAGAAGAAACCAGUGGUGGAAGAAGCUGCCGAUGAAGUUACUAUCAAGAAACCGGUGCCAGUAGAAAAGGAAGAAGAAGAAAUUAUAGAAGAAGUAACAUUUAAGAAGAAGAAACCAAAAGAGAAACCGGUUCCAGAAGAAGUGAUUGAAGAAGUUACACUGAAACCAGUUUCAAAGAAAGAAGAAAAGGCACCAGAGGAAGUAACUGAGAAAGUGGAGGUGAAGAAACCUAAGAAGAAAAAGCCAGUGGUCGAAGAAGCUGCCGAUGAAGUCACUAUUAAGAAACCUGUCCCUGUAGAGAAGGAAGAAGAGGAAAUUAUAGAGGAAGUAACAUUUAAGAAGAAAAAACCAAAAGAAAAACCGCUAACAGAGGAAGAAGAGGUCGCUGAAGUGACUCUCACGAAACCCAAACCAUUGGAGGAAGAAAAGAAACCGGAAGAAGUAGAAAUAUCAUUGAAAAAGAAACCGAAGAAAAAGCCAGUCGUCGAGGAAGAAGCUGCCGAAAUAACUAUUAAAAAAUUAGUUCCUACCGAAGCGGAGGAGGCUCCUGAAGAAAUUACCAUCAAGAAGAAGAAGAAACCAGAAAAGAAGCCAACGCCAGUCACGGAGGAGGUUGAAGAAACUGCCGUAACCAUAAAGAAAGCUCGAGCUCCUGAGGAACCUAAAGAAGAAGAAGAAAUAUCGACCGAUGUACAAAUAAAGAAGAAGAAACCCGUACGUAAAGUUACGGAAGAGGCAGCUGAAGAACUAACGAUCAAAAAGAUCGAAGAAGUGGAACAACCGGAAGAAGAAGAAGAAGAAGAGGUCCAAGAAUUCACAGUCAAAAGAAAACCUCCAAAGCUGCCUCCAAAACCAAUCGAAGAAAUCUACGAAGAUGUUACUCUUCGAAAGUUACGUCCAAAGAAGAAACCAAGGCCAGAUAUCAAAGAAGUAACAGAAGCAGAGAAUGUAACGUUCAGACCACGUUCUACAAAGACCAAAGAAGAUGUAGAGCAAGAAUUCAAGAUCUCGUUGAAUACUUACGAGGAAGAAGAUAUUUCUAUGUCCGGUAAGGUUAAACUGAAACCUAAGAAACGACCGAUGACGUACUCCGAAGAAGCCGGGGAAGAAACCAUCAAAAUUAUGCAAGAAGUCGAAGACGACUCUGGGCCAAUUAUAGAAGAGAUCAUAGAAUCAGACGAGGAGGCUAGAGAUGAAUAUAGUAUAGAAGAAUUAGAGACUGAUGAGAUGAGAGUGCCACUGAGGAGGAGAAAGAAGAAAGAACCAAGGCCAUAUAAGGUGGAAGAUAUCGAAGAAGGUGACGUGAGCUUGAAAUUGAAACGCGAGAGGAAAUACUCGGUGGAGGAAGCUGACGAAACGUUGGCGCUGAAGUUGAAGAGCAAGAGACGAGUUUCCACCUUCGACGAAGAAGAGGCCUCGCUUAGUAUCACCAGAGAAGAAGACAUUUCAGAGGAAGACGAAAUCGAAUAUGUUGUUCGCGAUGGCGACACAAUGUUCUCGAUUUGCUCGUACGUGGCAGAAACUGACGAAGCCAUCAACCUCGUCGAAGGAGAAAGAGUUUACGUUAUCGACCAUUCGAAUCAAGACUGGUGGUUCGUGAAGAAACACCUGACGGAAGAAAAGGGCUGGGUUCCAGCGCAAUAUCUUCUCAACGAAGUGCACUAUACUCUGUAUCUGCAGCGCAAAUUGCACGAGAAAAUCGAUAAAUUACCAGUAUUUGAAAAACCAGCGCCCGGAGAGAAGACAUUAGCACCGAGGUUCAUCGAAAAAUUGCAGCCAAUUCAUACACCGGAUGGUUACACGAUCCAAUUCGAAUGUCAAGUGGAGGGUCUACCAAGACCUCAGAUAACUUGGUUCCGACAGACAGCCAUCAUCAAGCCAUCACCUGACUUCCAAAUGUACUACGACGACGAUAAUGUAGCAACUUUGAUCAUCAGGGAAGUGUUCCCUGAAGAUGCUGGCACCUUCACCUGUGUCGCCAAGAAUGCUGCUGGUUUCGCUUCCAGUACCACAGAAUUAAUUGUGGAAGCGCCUCUUUCUGAUCAUGGAUCGGAUCUUACUGGUCCAUCCAGAAAGAGCCUCUCAAGAGAAUCAUCUCUCGUCGACAUCUUGGAGGGAAUACCACCAACGUUCUCAAGGAAACCAAAGGCGAAAUACGUCAACGAAGGCGAUGAUGUGAUUUUGGAAUGUCGACUGGUGGCAGUACCUGAACCAGAAAUAACCUGGUACUACAAGGAUACGCAGAUUACAACCAAAGAGAACAUCGUGGUUGCUACCGAGAGCGACAUGCACAUGUACUGCAGCGUAAUUAAGAUCACUAAAGUACAGAAGAAACAGGAAGGAAAGUACACUAUCGUUGCUAAAAACAGGGAAGGUGAAGCCACUAUAGAAAUUCCUAUGAAGGUGAAGACUGGCAAACACGAACCGCCAGAGAUACUAGAACCAUUGCAAUCGUACGUGAUACGGGAAGGUGAAACCGUGGUAUUAUCGACUCAAAUCGUCGGAAACCCAGCUCCUAAAAUAACUUGGUACAAGAACGGUAAACCACUGAAGGGCUUGACUCCGAAACAAGAUGGCCACGUGAAUACGCUCACGCUGAUUCAACCUCAAGUAUCUGACACAGGGGAAUAUUCUGUGGUAGCUACCAACGAUCUUGGCACAGCCGAAACGAAAGCUACGUUAACAGUUGAAAUAAACUUGAAGCCUUCCCUGACCAUUAGCUUCCAGCAACAAACAUACGAACACCACAGUGUAUCGAAGGAAAUACCUAGCGGAGCUCCAGAACCUCCACUCUUCACGGAACGGUUCCAAGAACUCACCGUUCCGCAGAAAGGUACCUUCAAGUUGGUGGCGAAGGUUACUGGAAACCCUGUACCAGAAGUCACGUGGUUAAGAAACAACAAACCCUUGGAGAAAUCGCCGAACGUCACAGAAACGUACGAUGGCGAGAACAUCAUAUUGGAGAUCAGAAACGCGGAUUCAGAGGUAGACGCAGGCGAUUACAAGUGUGUCGCGAGCAAUCCAGUUGGAAAAGCGUCUCACGGUGCCAGAGUGACGGUAGACGUGGAAAAAGUAACAUUCACCAAGACUCUGGAGAAGGAAGUCGUCAUCGACGAGUACAAGACCUUGGAACUCACCUGUGAAACAUCGCACACGGUGUCUACGAAAUGGUGGCACAACGACCAGGAGAUCAGUGGAAUGGAUCAUCGCGAGAUCAUUCACGAAGGACGAGUGCACAAGCUGGUGAUCAAGAAAACGAAUCCUACGGACGAAGGAACUUACAAGUGCACCGUGAAGAAUCAAUCGACGUCGAGCAAAGUUACGGUAAAAGCCACGAAACCGGAAUUCGUGAAGAAGUUACAAGACUGCGAAGUAAAGGAGCGUGACGUUGCCAUUUUGGAGGUUGAAGUUACAUCGGCGACAGCGGACGUUAAAUGGUUCAAGGAUGGCGAGCCUUUGGGACCAAGUAAAGAGAAAUUGGAAUUUGUUAAAGAAGGCACCGUUAGGAAAUUGUUCAUUAGAAGCACAUCCGUCCAUGACGAAGGAGAAUACACGUGCAGCCUUAUCGAUCAGAAAUGUUCAGCGGAAGUCACCGUCAUUGAACUACCACCGGAAAUUAUUACGAAGAUGCAAGAUGUGACAAUAGCAAGAGGCGAGAGGGCAACGUUCGAGAUAGAACUAACAAAAGGAGAUGCGUUGGUUCGAUGGUUCAAAGAUGGACAAGAGUUACAAUUUUCGGAACACGUCCGAUUGUCGAUCGAUGGCAAGAGACAGAAGCUGAAGAUCUACGAUACGGAACCGGAGGAUGCAGGUGUUUAUUCCUGCGAAGUCGGUGAACAAAAAUCAACAGCCAAGUUGACCGUAGAGGAACCUGGCGUGGACUUCGUCACUAAAUUACCGGAUGUCACCCUUGUACCAUUGAACGCCGAUGCCGUUUUCGUUAUUGAAAUAUCACGCGACGUUCCAGUCACGUGGAUGAGGAAAACGGAAGUUCUUAAGGAAUCAUCCAAGUACACCAUUAUAGAUGAAGGAACCGUGAAGAAACUGAUCGUGAAAAAAUGUACCGCAAAAGAUAUGGCGGAAUACACGGCUGCGGUAACGAACGUGAAAACAUCAUCGAAAUUAAGAGUCGAAGUUAUGGAAACGGCGCCAAAGAUUAGUCCGGAUACACCGAAGAAGUACAAAGUAAGGAAAGGCGAAAACGUGGAAGUAGUCGUGAAAUUCAACGCGACACCAAAACCAAACGACGAAUGGACAGUAAACGGCAACGUAGUUACAAAAUCGAAACGAGUUGUGCCAUCAAUCGAUGAAGAAUCCGCGGUAUUAACAAUCAGGAAGAUCCAAGAAGAAGAUGUUGGUGAUUAUACUUUGAAACUGGUGAACAACGCCGGAGAGGCUACCAUCGAGAUCAACGUCGUUAUCGUCCAGGUACCGAGUGCACCUGGGGCACCAGAACCAUUGGAAGUAACUCAGGAUAGUGUUACGCUUCACUGGAAGAAACCAGAUUCAGAUGGAAACUCGCCCAUCGUUGAGUACAUUCUGGAGUAUCAAGAAAAGACUGAAACUACGUGGAACAAGAUCACAGAGACGAUAACAGAAACAACACAUACGGUAACGAAAUUAACCACGAACAAAGAGUACACCUUCCGAGUAACAGCUGCAAACGAGGCUGGACCAGGUGAAACAUCACCAACUUCUCCGUACAUAAAGAUAACAAAACCAUCGGCUGCAGAACCACCAGUUCUUCUGGAACCUCUGAAGAGUGUCAUCGUUGGCCUUGGAGAAACAGUCACUCUAUCUUGCGUCAUUGGAGGAACACCGACGCCUCAGAUUACUUGGUUGAGAAACGAGGAAAUUUUCGAAGAUAGCAACAUCACGUACGAAAAUCGCGUGGCAAAGUACACGAUCGUGAAGACAACGGAAACAUCGUCGGCGACCUUCACGGUGAAAGCAAAGAACGAAAGAGGAACAGCAGAGACCACGUGCGAACUGAAGGUGCAAGAGCCGCCUAAGAUCACGUACGACGAGAGUUUGGCAAGCCAGAAACUUCCGGUGAACAGUCAAUGGAAGAUCGAUAUUCGAGCGAGCGGCUUCCCGAAACCAGAAGUAACAUGGUCGAAGAACAAUAAGAAGAUAGUGGAUAAACGUGUAUCCAUUCAAACAGAAGAAAAGACCUCUACCAUCUCUAUCUCUUCACUCGUUAGAGAAGACACAGCUACCUAUACAGCAAAGGCAGCGAAUCAAGCUGGCAGCUCUUCGGUUGACUUACAUCUUAAAGUCAUAGAUAAACCAAGCAGACCGCAAGGACCAGUGAACUUCAAAGAAAUCAGACAAGAUCGCGUCACCAUCGAAUGGCGACCACCGGAAGACGAUGGUGGAAUCGAACUGGAAAAAUACACGAUCGAGAAAUGCGAACCGGGCAAAGCUUGGGUAAAGAUGGUCGAUAUCGACAAAGAAGUGGAGAGCUUCUGUGUGCACAAACUGCAGCAGAACGCGGAAUACAAGUUCAGAAUCAUCGCCAGGAACGCUGUCGGAGCGUCAGAACCAUUGGAAUCGGAAACAGUCAAAAUGAGAACUUCCUUUGAGCCACCUGGACCGCCAAGAGGACCGCUAGAAGUAUCAGGAAUGACGAAGACAUCCUUCACGAUAAAAUGGCAGCCUCCAGAGAACGACGGUGGAACACCAAUAACCGAAUAUAUCGUUGAAAUGAAAGAAGAAUCGAAGAAAUCUUGGCAGAAGAUCGGCAGCACAAAGCACGAAACGACGCAGUUGAGCGUAUCGGACCUGCAGACGGAUGUACCGUACAACUUCAGGAUAACAGCGAAGAACAAUGUUGGCACUGGUCCUCCAUACGUAGCCGAAGAACCAAUUUCAGCAGGCAGACGAAUCAAAAUAACAAAGCUCACCGAAAGCACCAUGUACGCUCUGCUUGGUAUAUUCCCGUCAACAAAGGUAGUCAUGAGCAAAACACCUCCAUCGAGUCCACAACACGUACAAGUGACGAAUGUAACCAGUAAGAGCGUCACACUUACUUGGUCUCCGCCAGCUAGCAAUGGAGGAUCAGAGCUCACAGGAUACAUCAUCGAGAAGAGGCCAUUGAUUGGAAAAGGAGCAAGAUGGACGAAAAUUGUCACCCUGGACGCUACGACGCUUCAAUAUUGCAUAGAAAAUUUGAAGGAGAGCGAAUUUAUCUUCAGGAUCUUCGCAGAGAACAACAUGGGACUCAGUUUACCUACAAACUCAGAACCGGUUACCCUAAUGACUCAUGCCAACGUGCCAUCACCACCGACAGCACCAUUGGAAAUCAGGCAGAUCGCAGCGAACACGGUCGUAAUUGCAUGGGGCAGACCGGAAUCCGAUGGUGGAGCACCAUUGGAAGGUUACAAAAUUGCUAUUAGGGACGCGAAGAAGACGAUGUGGAUGGAAGUAGGCAAAGUGAACGCUGAAACACAGAAAUUGAAUAUCAGGGAUUUACAGGAGAACCAUAUGUACCUGAUCAGGAUCUUUGCCAGGAACGAAGUCGGUCACAGCGAUCCUUUGGAGUCUGAUGAACCAGUGAAGAUCAUACCAGCUUCCGAAUUAGCCGUAGUGGAGCCAGUAGCAGAAGCCACCGAGAAAGGUGAAACCGCGUCGAUGAGCUUCAGCACUGAGAACACGAGCUCUUGGUUACGCGAGCACAACAUGGAUGCCGAUAUCCAUUCGUACGCGAGAGCGAGACUUCUCAGACAAGACGAAUACUUCUUCCGCAUUUGGCAUUAUGCUAAGAAACUCUUCGAAUAAGCAUUUCUACGAUUUAAUGGCUGAGGAAAGACGAAGGAUCGAUUUAUAUUUGUUCUUCGUCUUAUCGAGGACCAGAACAAUUUAAGGCGCUAGUAAGACAAAGAGAAAAUCAACAGAGACAGUAAGCAACAUCUUUGAUAUUAAUUUCAUACAGGAAUUUCAUUCUUCUUUUUUCUACGAAAUUCUCAACAAAUCGUGUUCGUACAAUAUUUCGAACGACUUGGAUAAUUAUUUCCUUCUUCAGUGAAUUCGCUUAUCGUUUGAUCUCUCACGUGAAUACCGUCAUACGUGAAACAAGGAAAAUUAAUGUAACAUUAUCGAAUCGUUCCUGUCUUUUAGAAGCACGCGUAUAGAGACUAGAUUUAAUGUAAGGAUCGAUACUGGAUGGGUGUAGAAUCUAGUCAGCGUAGUAAUAAUACUUUUUUUUUUUCUUUUUUCAUCUUUUAACGGACCAAGACUUCCUCACGUAUACUUAGAGUCGAUACAAAUGGAAGAGGAAUUCUUUCCAUUCUUCCAAUUCACGAAAUAAUCGAUAAUGCUAAUAAUCGAUAAUGGUAAUCGUAUUACUGAAAAUUCGUGAAUCCAACAAAGAGAAGUAUCUUUCGAAACUAAGAAAUGUUAUCAGUGAUCUUUGUGAUAUAGCUUAUCUUUUUAUUUCUCAAGCAUUUUAAGUAAAAUUAUAAAUAACAUUAAUUAUAUUCUUGCUAUCAUAAAGAUUCACUGUGAUCUUUCUUCGUUUCUGAAUUAUUUAAUAUUAUAGAAAUUAUUCUUAUUUAUUAUUUAUUGAUUGUAUAAUUAUUUCUAUUAUUCAAAUAAUUCCAUUAUAUUCGAAUGAAUAGCUAGCUAUUCAAAUGAAUCGAAAGUUUGCACGAAUUUUCAGUCACACGAUUGCGCUGUACUUGAAGAUGAAAACAUCCUGACUUCCUCGGGAUAUUCCUUUCGUUAAAACAGUACGCUAUUGUCAAAUAUUCGACGAGAAAAUUCGAAAAGCCCCGAGACUAACAGAUCGUCGGAGAAUGUGAUAAACGAUCGGAAUCGAUCGAGUACCUUGUGUAAAGAAGCAAUUUAGAAACGAAUUAGAAGCGAUUAAGUAUACUUGAACCCCUUCUCCCCCAAUCCUAAACUAUCCUAUUGUCCAUCCCUUCGUUAUCCAUACCACCCUUUGUAUUUAUAUUAUAAUUGCGAACGGAAAGCAACGUUCGGUUACUCACCCAAGUUUGCGAGGAUUACUUUUAGUAUUUAUUCGUAAUGUAUAAUGUUAUAUUUAAUUGUUAUUCGUCACCAUUGCCGAUGUAAUUAAUAAUAAUUGUUCAUAAUAAAUCGGCAUUGGUGCCGAUUAUUCAUGCGACUGGUCAUUAAGAGACUAGAAAACGAAACGAAGAAAUGCCACGUGUGGUUGGUGUCGCGAGACGUAACAAAAUAUAGGUGCAAAAACAACAGCAUAAUUCACCAACGACACGUCGCAUACUUCGACGUUAUAUUGUAAGACAUUUUGCGAAUUAAAUUAUUGCAUAUAAUAUAA